AUGAGAGGGCACAAUGCCCGGUUAGUAGCCAGCACUAUGAGAGGGCACAAUGCCCGGUUAGUAGCCAGCAGUAUGAGAGGGCACAAUGCCCGGUUAGUAGCCAGCAGUAUGAGAGGGCACAAUUUUCAAGUACCAGAAGAGAGAGAUCACAAUACACGGGGAGGAAUGAGAGGCGGGUUUAUACCAUCAGCCACUGUCCCCGUGCUGUCACUGUUCCUCCUCCUCCAGCCAGUUCCAGUUACCGUGACUCAAGUUCCGCAGCAGUCGGUGACACAAGAUCACAGAGCUUCAGCCACCAAAGCACGCAAGACCCCAGCGUAACCCCUCCCACCUCAGGCUGGUGAUCCAAAGCGCGCAAGAAACUGCAUUACCACGGCAACCGCCACACGACUCUGUCCUCUCAAUACAGCCGAGAGUUAGUCAGUGAGUGUUAUUGUUGAGGUCAGCCACGCCCAUUAGCCCAUUAGCCCAUGCUCAUUGUGAGAUUGGAUGGUUGGAGGGUCCUGGCUGGCAAGGAAGGCGGCAGACAUAUUGUGAUUGGCAAUUCUUCACCCAGUUAAAAAUGUUGUUUGGCAUCUUUGACCAAUUCACUACAAAGUGCUAUAGGGACUGCGUUUUGCAAUUCCUUACCCAGGCUCCACAAUUACCAAUCUGGUAAAUAAAAACAAAAAUAACAGGUGAAGGUUUAAGCUAUAAAAUCUAGGUUAGAGUCGAGUUAUUCACUAAAGUGUCUUUUCUUUCUUUUCUUUUUUUUAUUUAAAAAAAUCUGAAUAAGUACCUUUGAGGGUUAUUUAGCAAACUCCUGCAUGUAGCAAAAUUAGAUCUGAAUUAUGAAAUAGCUGGGAGAACGUGGAGGGUUAUUCUCCAACUCUAACAUAGCAUAACUCCCAAUUUUUGGUAGUUAUGGAAGCAGGACAGACCAAGAGACCUGCCAGAGGUGCAACUUGUGUCAUUAGUGAUGUCAAGAAUGGGUGGGCCUGCAUGCCUCCCAACAUUGGAAUAGAGUAGAGGCCCAUUGCCUUUAUGUGUUUGGUAGACAUGUGCAAUUCGUUUUGGUCCGAAUAUGAAUUCGGACGAAUUUCGGGCUAUUUGGACAUUCGGGUACUUCCGAAUGUCCGAAGUGCCGAAUUGCAGAGGUCCCGAAGUUCCGAAAUUACCAAAUUUCCGAAGUGUCGAAGUGCCGAAGUUCCGAAGUUGCUGAAGUUCCGAAGUGUCAAAGUAGCUGAAGUGCAGAAGUUCCGAAGCACAGUAUUGCCUAAGUACUAAUAUACUUACCCAGUGAAAGAAGGAGAAUGUUACAUUGUAUACAAUUUUAAAUAAAAAGUAUACAAACAUAGCCAGGAUUCAGCUGUAAACAUUUGCAACACUUACAACAAUCAAGUAACAUACAUUCAUAUAAAAUGUAAGUUACUUAGCCAGUCAGUGUAAUAACAGGAAUGAAUAAGGAGAUAACUCCCUAAUUCCCACGGUAUUAGGGAGCUAUCUACUAAAAGGCUGAAAGACCCUAAUUGGUCUUUCAGCCAAAUUUACUAAUACUAAGUAAAGAUUACUUAGUAUUAGUAAAUUAUGCCCCUACUCACUAUACCGCGAGUAGGGGCAUGUCUAUUAAACAGUGAGCAGCCUCUGUUUAGGGCCCCCACCCACGAGGGGCCCCCCUAUUUAGGGUACCCCCUAUUUAGGGUCCCCACCCACCGCUCAGGGGUGGGGGCCAGGGGGAAGGACAUUAGGUGUCCCCCCCUUAUUCUGAUUUAGGGCCUCCACCCGCCGCUCAGGGGUGGGGGCCAGGGGGAGGACAUUAGGCCUGUGGCUGCUCACUGUAAAAAAAUAAUAGUGGGGGCCCUACAGUAAAAUAAGGGGGAGAACCUAAUGUCCUCCCCCCGGCCCCUCACCCCUGAGCGGUGGGUGGGGGCCCUAAAUAGGAGGGGGCCCUAUUGCCGAAGUCCCGAAUUGCGAAAAAUCCCGCAUUUCGGAAUGCCGAACCGAAAAUUUUCCCCAUGCACAUGCACAUGGGUCGCGUUUCAAGCUGUUCAGGGAUGCAUGCGAGACACAGGGUGAACAUGCUUGCUCUAAACAUUUCUAUUUGUUGCUAUGACCCAAAUGACUUAAUGUGCAAAUUUCUAAAUUAUGUCACAAAAAGGAAGACAUCUUGAUUUCCUUCGAUUACUUAAGCACCAGUGGAAUUGAUAUCACCAUCAGCAACUUCUUAUUACCACUGUUUUCACUGUCAACAGGACAUGAUUUCCCCCCUCUGAUUUAAAUUCUGUUUUCCUUCAGUGGUGGCAGGAGCAUUUGCCAUUCUGGCUUUCCAUAGACAUCUCCUCUCUGUUUACCUUUCAAAAUUACUCUUUUGUUUCUUUAACAAAUUACUUAUUACAGCUCAUAAUUGUAUUUUCCUUGCUAUUGUUGCUUUGUUUUAUUAUCUUUCCUGAAAACGUGUCAGUUUACCAUAAUUCAUCAUCAUUAUCUGUUUGUUUAUCAUUUGUUUAAUUGUUUAGUGUUUUUUUUUAUUUAAUGCAAACAAGGUAUUUCUUUUGAUAACUUUUUUUUAUAAAAACUAAUUCUUGAAAAAAAUGAAUCUACACAAUAAACAAUUUUUUUGUUUGUUAUAAAGCUACCAAUAUUAUUUUUUUGGCUGAAUGAAAGGUCAAUUUUUUUCUAGAUUAAAUUGCUACUUUAGGGCUCGACAAAUCCCAGGCGCCAGGUCGCCAUGGCGACUAGAAAUUUUGCCCUGGCGCCUGGGAUUUGCCAGCUCCUUAAUGUGGCCGCCGAGGGAGCUUUGAAGCAUGGAGCCGGCUGCCAGAGGGAGCAAGGAGGCAGCAGUGACACAGGACUCUCUAGUGGCCUUCUGAGUGAUGGUCACUAGAGAUGUUAAUAAGCUUUUUUUAUGAAAAGGCAGUGUUUACAUUGAAAAGCACCAGAACGACUACAUCAAUCUGUGGUGGUUCUGGUGACUAUAGUGUCCCUUUAAGAAUUGCAAUUUUCUUGUUGAAAAUGACUGGCUCCUAUCUUUUUUAGCUGGCUCCUAGAUUCCAAACAAAUUUGUCAUGCCCUGUGCUACUUACUGUGGUGAAAGUGGGGCGGAAGGUUUGCAAAGAAUGUAGGCAAAAAGCUGGAUUAUUUUUUUUUUUUAAAUGUUGUGUGUCCCCCCCUUGUAUGUGUAGUUAUUGCUUUCUAUGGACUGUUUGACAGACCAAAACGGAUAUCAGCAGAGAGGCUUGUCAGUAAUACUGUUGUGUAAAAACAUUAUCACCUAUUAGUAACAAUUUCAGAUUUACUUUGCACAAACAUUUAGUUUCGGAUCAGGAACAAAAAUUGCAGAAGAGAAAAUUUCUGUGCACAGCAACUAAGAAAACUUAGAAGGAAGAGGGAUCAUAGCCCCGCCCCCUUUUCACACCUUCAGUCACACCUGCUAGAAUAUACCUGUCCUUCUAUGCAGUCAAAUGCUUUUAGUUAUAGUAAGUGGGCUUUUGUUCUUUUUUUAAUUAUAAUAAUUUAUUUAUGUGUAAGGACAUAAAGCUAUAAAAUAGGCGAUUUAUUACUUUUCAUUAAAAUAAAAAAAAAAAAUAGAAAAUAAACUACCAAAUCACUUGCUCAAAACACAAAGCUAGUCUAGCUUUGGAAAACCAAGCACCACAUUUAUGUAAUGUAUAUAAUUUUAAAAACUAGGGCUCUGGAAAAGGUAACCGCAGGCAAUAGAUGUGACGCGCGUCCCCGCUUCCCCAAGCUGUGAGCCUGCCAGCCGGCGCGCCCCCGCCGAGCAGCCGCGCGCGGGCCACGUGCGCGCCGCCGUCUCUGCCGCCUUCUCACGCUAUUGGCCCGAGGCCCACACCAGCCCCUCCUUUCUCGGCGAGCUAUUGGCUGGCCGCCCGAGAGAAGCUCGCUCCUCCCCCCCUCCCUCCCUUUCGGCACAACAUACACACCCUGCACAUGGGGAGGGGGCGUAGCGGCAAACUUCGGACCACGUGACAGCAGCUGGCAGGGAAGCCGGAGAGAGGCGAGCGGCAGAACUGAGUGAGAGCAGGAGGAGAGAGGAUUGGGAGAGACAGACAGACAGAGAGACAGACAGACAGAGCCGCUCUGUGUCCAGGUACCCAGCAUUCACACACUGCACACAGACAUAGCAUGCUGCUGCACUCUGACAUCACAGACAUUCACUGAUUCCCUGUACUGGUCUGUGUAUGUAGUGUUACUGUCUGUACUGACACGUACUGCUCACACACCGAUACAGAAAGACACACACACAGAUACAGACACACACACACACACACAGAUACAGAAAGACACACACACACAGAUACAGAAAGAUACACACACAGAUACAGACACAUACACACAUACACACAGAUACAGAAAGACACACACACAGAUACACACAGAUACAGACACACACACAGAUACAGACACACACACACAGAUAGACACACACACUGUCCCACCAUCACUGACAACUACUGUCACAUAGACUGGAUACAUACCUGACAUGUCAUGUGACCCCCACCUAAUAUUAACCCAAUAUAUUUAUAUAUAUAUAUAAUAUGGAUAGACUGGUACCCGACUAAUAUAAUAUAGAUUGACUGGCACCCGACUAAUAUAAUAUGGAUAGACUGGCACCUGACUAAUAUAAUAUGGAUAGACUGGUACCCGACUAAUAUAAUAUAGAUUGACUGGUACCCGACUAAUAUAAUAUAGAUUGACUGGCACCUGACUAAUAUAAGAUGGAUUGACUGGCACCUGACUAAUAUAAGAUGGAUAGACUGGCACCUGACUAAUAUAAUAUAGAUUGACUGGAACCUGACUAAUAUAAUAUGGAUAGACUGGCACCUGACUAAUAUAGAUUGACUGGCACUCAACUAAUAUAAUAUGGAUAGACUGGUACCCGACUAAUAUAAUAUGGAUUGACUGGCACCUGACUAAUGUAAUAUGGAUAGACUGGCACCUGACUAAUAUAAUAUAUAUUGACUGGCACCUGACUAAUAUAACAUGGAUAAACUGGCACCUGACUAAUAUAAUAUAUAUUGACUGGCACUCAACUAAUAUAAUAUGGAUAGACUGGUACCCGACUAAUAUAAUAUAGAUUGACUGGCACCUGACUAAUAUAUAAUAUCGAUUGACUGGCACCUGACUAAUAUAUAAUAUCGAUUGACUGGCACCUGACUAAUUUAUAAUAUCGAUAGACUAGCAUCUGACUAAUAUAUAAUAUCAAUAGACUGGCACCUGACUAAUAUAAUAUGGAUAGACUGGCACCUGACUAAUAUAAUAUGGAUAGACUGGUCCCAACCUGACUAAUAUAAUAUGGAUAGACUGGUACCAACCUGACUAAUAUAAUAUGGAUAGACUGGUAACAACCUGACUAAUAUAAUAUAGAUAGACUGGUACCUGACUAAUAUAAUAGACUGGUACCAACCUGACUAAUAUAAUAUGGAUAGACUGGCACCUGACUAAUAUAAUAUGGAUAGACUGACACCUGUCUAAACUUGUGAAUAUUGGUUGGCACCUGACUAAAACAAUGCACAUGGACUGGCACCUCACCAAAAUGAUACGCACAUAUUGGCACUUGGCUAUAUUAUAUAUAUUGACUUAAGUGGUAUACAGAGAGAGACACCUGUCUAGAAUAAUAUGCAUAAACUGGGACCUGGCUAAAAUGAUACCUACAGACUGGCACGUGACUAAAUUUAACUUGUUUGUGUAGACCGAUAAAUACCCAACAGUUUGUAUAUACAUUGGUUCCUGCAUAGUGUGCAGACUGGCAUCUUCACAUUAUAUGUAUUGACAGGCAUUCACCUCACACACACACAUACACACAUAUAUAUAUAUAUAUACCAGUAACUAGCUGAAAUGUUUAUAAGCAGAAACUUGCCUUACCAAUGCAAAGGCCCUUAUCUUUGCUAAAGUAUGCACAUAUUCAACAUGGAGAAGGCUUGUAUUCAUCUAACGUUAUAUAUAUUUAUAUAAAGUGACACCAAGAUAAUACAAAAAAUGUGUACUGACACCGGAUUAAAGUGGCUUUGUCACCUCAAACGAAACCUUUGUGCUAUUGUUCCCUCUUUCAGGAUCUAUUCUUUAUAUCUGAUAUGUUUCUUUUUAAAACUUAAAACAAUAUAGAGACAGCUUUGUUUUGUGUUUAUUUCCUACGCUUGACAAUCUUGACAAAGGGUGGAGCUUAGGACAAGUUCCAGCAUCUUUACAAAGAGAUCCUACUUUGUCUUUUGUUUUAAAGAGAAAUAGAUCAGAAAUGAAGAAAAUAACAAAUUCUGUUGCCUGCAUAUUGUGCGAGCAGUCACACAUUAUGCACAGAUUUAACAUUGGCCAGCCUUAAAAUCUCACUCUGAGAGCAAAGUUCUUUAACUCUGUACGUGAACAAUUUCUCAGUGAAAUACUACACAUGUUGACCGCAAGCUCCAUGAAAAUGUUAAAGCACUGAAGUGGUCAUGGUGCUUGCAGUAUACCUUUCUUAUCAAGGGCAUGUUUUUGGAGUAGUAAACUGUACUGGCAGUCUAUUAUCUCCCCACUUUAGUUAUUUUUCUGUGUACUUAUUUUCUCAAUUUGUUGCUCUUUAUGUUUACAAUUGCAGGAAAUUAGAUUUUUGGUCCUUGCCUAUUAGAUUAAUCCAGGAUGUGUAUGGAUCAAUGAUUUUAUGCUAUGAUUUUGUUAAUUGCGUUUAUAUAUUUGAUAUCUUCUCUUCAGUAAGAAGUUAUCUAAUCUUUACAUAGUGCACCUUUGAUAGUGUGUUUGGUGUAACUAUGUAUUAUGUGUGUAUAUAUGUAUGUGUUAGAGAUGGAGUCUUGCUUCACAUUAACGAUGAAACUAUUGUCAUGAGUGCUUUUCUUAAGAGGUGUUUUGAAAAAUAACGUGUGUGUGUAUAUUCUAAAAAGGGUCCAUGCACUGAUACAUAAUGUAUCUUAAUCGCAAGAAUUUAGGCAAAUUUCAUUACAUAAUAGCAAUCCUGGCUGAACAGGAUAUAGAAAUAUUAAAACCUGAUUAAUGUUAUACAGAAGUACUGUAGUACCUGCCUGAUAAAUAAAAAUACGGAGACAUACCUCAUGUUUUAUAACCAAUGAAACACUGAACACUUAUUUAGCAGUUCUGACACUCCCGCCAUGUCACACUGUUGACCUGAGUCCCCACAUCCACCCCUCAUUCCUGGAAACUUAUUGGCCUAGCACUUGUUAUUUGACCCUCCCUUCGGUCACAACAAUUUAGCUCAUUAUAAAUAUAGUUUUAAUAAUAGCACACACCUUGCAUGCGGGGAGGGGGCAUACACUUCACACCACGAGUUAACAAGUUACAGAGAAGACAUGUUAAUUAGAUUUGUAAAGUAUGCAACAUUACAUAAACCCAAUACCUGUAUACUAAGGCACUUGAUUCUUGCCCCAGAAUUGUAUCCCUAUGCAUUAGAAACAAUUUGGCAGAUACAGUGUAACCUCUAAGUCUUCUAAAACUGAUUUAAUUGUGUGUGUGUGUGUGUGUCACAUUGUGGCAUUGUAUUGGUCAUCUGGCAAACAAAAUAUCAAAUGUUUUCCUACAGUGAUAUCUCACAUUUUUUUCAAAGGCUGGAGACUAUACUUUAUACACAGAUCAGCAUUUUUAUUGUUAAAUAAGCAACCUAGCACCUAAUUGCACUAAAUGGCCCAACGUAUGUAGACGCUCCUUCUAAUUAGUGGAUUUAGUUACCGCAGCCAUAUCUAACAGAUUCUCACUUCCAAGCAAUCUUGUGCUGUAGAACUGAGUGAUUUUAAACAUUAAGUUGUCCUAGGAUGCCAAUUUCCAUCAGGUCAGUUUGCAAAAUUUGUACCAUGUUGCAGUUGCCACACAUAUUUAAUAAGUGCUGUUUUUGUUAUGUGGAAAUGCCAAGAACAACAAACUCUCUCUCCUUUAGUGUUAUGCCACGUACAUUUGAGUAAAAUUGUGUGUCUGUGGCUGGGCUUUUAAAAACUCUGCUUCUUAUUUUAACCAAGGACAUUGCCAAGGAUUGGGACAUGGCAUAAAGCUUGUCACCACCGAUGCUGGAGAAUUUUAAAUGUGUUUUCUGGAAUGAUAAAUUGUUCGUAACUAUCUAAUUAAGUUGGAUAACACUGAUGUUGAUGGAUUCCAAGAACUCAAAGUAAUAUGCCUGAUUGCAUAGUAUUCAUGAUGGAGGAAUAAGGUCUGGGCCUGGUUUAAUUGUUUGUGCUAGCUCCUGUAAAGAGACAUCUUACUUCGCUAUGGAUUGACAUAGUGCACAAUUCCAUGCUUCCACAUUUUUGUCAAGUUCUGAGGUUUUUGGAAGGUCCUUUCUUGUUUCAGCACGACAGGGCUCCUGUGCACAAAACAAGGUCCAAACAAAAGUGGCUUGUGGAGAUCAUUGUAGAAGAACUUAACUGGUCUACACUAGCUCAUCCUUCUCCCCCAUUCUAUACCUUUUGAGAUCAAUUGCAAUAAGUAUUAGCAAGGACUAACAGCCCAAUAUCAGUCACUCACAGUUUCCUUUGCCUGAAUGGUAGUACAUUCCUGCAGCAGUGGGAAAAACGUCCCACAAAAAUAGACCGCUUCAGACCCAACAGGGGGAGUGAACUCUAAAUUAAAAUGAGUUCUUUUGAGAUAUUCAGUGAGAACGUGUCUGUAUUAUUUGGUAAUAUUGUGAAUCAUUGCAUACAGCCCUCCAACCUAUACAUUACAUUGAGUUGGAAUUGUCUACAACUGUGAUUUAAUGCAGAGGUAUGCUGUACGUUGCUGUUGUAACUCAUUACUGGUCUAUGAUAUCUGUGCCUUACGCUUCAUUAAACCAUUUAGAAAUGUUCUAAUGUAUGUGCAUGUAUUAUUUGGGCAUAGUGUUAGCUCAGUAAUGAUGGUAACGUAAUAUCAAUGUGAUUAUGUAAUUGUACACACUACCUCUUUCAGUUAAUAUCAUUUGCAUGUAUAGCUGGAAGCAUUGUUUUAAAUAUUGAGGAUGCAAGUCAGCGCUUGACUGAAAUAUUGUUGGCCUGUUUCUUGUAUAUUGAGCACAGAUUGUAUUCUUGAUUUUGUUUUCUGCCUUGUACAGCACUGUCCAUCCCAAGCUUUUUUUCUUGAUCAUUUACUUUGUUUGUGUCUACCCUCUCAGCUGGAACGAUAUUUCAAGUAUCUAAACCACUAUGUCUAAAAAAAAAAAUCUAUAAUAAUUUCAGAUUCAAGCACUGGAAAUUCACCUAGCUUUGUAUGUUCUCUCUCUGGCUACCGUCUUGUGAUGGUAUAUUUCUAAUAUUAGAAAUAUAUAUCAAGCAAAUUGUUGUUUCAGUCUUUCCCAUUGGCAAUACCUUGAAAUAGGUUGGUGUAAAGGUCCGAAAACAAUAAAUAUGCUGACUUUAAUGUUAUGAUCUGUGAGUGUGUCCUUUUUUAUUCAUUUGCUGUAUUUUUGGCUCUUCUGUGAACUUUGCAUCUAGACAUAUAUUAUUUAAAAAAAAUAACCAUUUGUACAGUUCCACCCUGAACCGCAGUAUGUGGGGCUCCUGGAAAGUACGUGUAUACUUAAUUAUAUAAAAAAUAGAAUGCAGCCAGAGAGACCAUAAAAUAAAUGGAAAAAAAUCCUACCCCCAUGCUUGCUACCCCAAUACCUUUUUUUUUUUUUUUGCAAACAAUAACUUUCAAACAACCAUAGCAGUCCUGGAGUUAUUAGACUCCACCCUUAAUCAUUUUCAACCAGAAUACUUGAUUUGAAAGGAAAUCAAUAUUUUACUCUAUCUUAUUAAAUAUUGGGUAAAAAGAAAAUAAAUCUGAAAAAAAAAUUGUUACGUGCAGACUGCAAUGACCUCAUUGAGAUUAUAAAUGAUCUCAUGCAAAUAGAGACUUUUUGAUUGAUAGCAAUAGUGAUAUUAUUUUUCCUUUAAAAAAAAAAAAAAUCCUAGAGUUUCUUCAUUCUUUUUUUGGGGGUGCGCUAUUUUAAACAGAUACUGGAACCCCAUUCGUUUAUAACCUAUGGGACAUUCAGUGUGUGCCAUAGGAUUGCCCAUCGAUUUCUAGGACUUGUUACUAAUCUUACUAGUAUACCUUAUUAUAUGCUGUCCCACUGAUCUGCUUGUAGUCGCUACAAUUGAUGAUUAUGUCAUAUAGUACAUUGAAUAAUUGUGUGUUGCCUUUUUUUCCAUUAUUACUGGUCUAGUGAAGUGAUUUGUCUGCAAGAUUAUUGCUGAUACAUUUUAUCAUUUAGAUUAGACAAUUCUGGGCAGAGGGCCAGAGCAAAGAAUAUACAGAUGGGCAGGCAUAGGAGAGCUAUCUAGGCAUCCAAGGUCUUGCCAGAGCCUGACCUAAACAGCAUCUUAACAGAUUUACUUAUUGUGCCUGUUGCAUAUACUAUCACUUCUGUCUCCCAACACCAUUCAUACUUUAUUAAAGCAUAUGUUAUUCGCUCAUAUAUGAAUAGCACAUAGAUGAAUACAUAACAAUCAAAACACGUUUUUUUGUUUAUAUAUAUUUUAGUUCAUAAACAUAACUGAGUAACAUUUUUUAAGUGUUAUUUUAAAAAAAUAAACUUUUUAAUAAGCAACGUGUGCUUUAGGGAAGCACAGUAAGAAUGUAGAGAAAAGAGAAACACAAGUUUAUAAGGAACUAUAAAAAACCAUUUAUGCACGGUUUUAUUUCAUGGUUAUGAUACUAGCACAUCCCAUAGUAACAUGGAAGCGUCACUCACAUCCCUAUUGCUAGUAGAAAUUUUAAGUCUUAUUAAAACAAAAAUUAUUUAAAAAAUUCACUUCAGUGGAAAAGACAUAUUAGUUAGGUUUACCAGUUCCACCAUGUUUUCAGGGAAACGUAUGUCAUAUUCAUAUUGAUGGGUAGCACAUGAAAAGGGUUGCCCUGCAUUAUGUAGAAUUCAGAAGAAGGUGUAUAAGAUUAAGUAAUUAGGCAAUGAAGAAUCCUGCAGAACAUGGUGGAUUUGACAACUCUAAUAUUAGUGGAACCCUUUACUUAUUUUUAAACCCCGCUGUUCUGUACAUGUUUUUGGGAUGUACCAAUUGUCUUCCAGGUUAAAGGCAAACACAGAUCCAGUCCUAAGGUAAUUAGUUCUACGGCCAACUUUCCAUGUUUAUUCAGCAUAUCCCAUCCACUAGACUUUUAAAAGCAUUUUUACGUAUUAUUUUAAAUAUCACUGUGUUAUAUAAUGAAAUGUGGCUUUAAUUGCUUUAGAACCAUUGAGUAUAUUUUUGGAACAUGUGUAGUGCACAUAGCAAGUAUACAAACAAAUUAAAUGGCUAAUAAAAAUGCUUCACUUGCAAUAUAUACAUUAUGUCAAUUUCUUAUUUCAUACACACCUUCUCCUCAUCCAUUUUAGGCAGAGAACGCCAGCAUCUAUUCACAGAAUGGAGAAUAAUGGAAAUGCCAUAUUUUAGAAUAUUUCCAGUUUGUUUAUUUUGGCAUAGGAGUUGCAAUUGCUUUAUCAGUUCUCUACAAUUACUUGGCUUAAUGAAUAAAUACUAUAGUGAUUAUAUUGUAGCUCAAAUGUUCAAGGUGUAGAUAAAUAGAUUUUGUUCCCCAUUCUCAUUAUAUUUUUGCUGACAUUGUACUUUUAAUUUGAGUACAAAGAUGAUAGACCUUAUUUAUCUUUUUGCUCGAGUCCUCACAUUAGUGACAGCAUGCUGUUUUAGCGUUGGGUAAGCCGAAUAAAAUUUUUAGAUCUUUUUAUUUUUUAUAAACUUUCCUUUCAAAUAAAAUAUCUAGACAUAUUUCACAAUAUGUGGGAGACAAAUGUUUCCAGUAAUGAGCUAAACGCAAGUCAUGACUGAAAUAUAGACAGGAUUCAAACUGCUGGAAUACACUGCGACGUGACAUUUUGUCAGUACAUUGAAAAGGUGAAUCUGCAUUAUUGUUGACCAGUAUUUACAUAUACACAACUAUUCUCAGUAUAGAUUAUCAAACGGGUAAGCCAAUAUGUUCCAUUUUUUUGGCCUUUCAAGGCAUCAAUGCAGAGAGGUUAAAAGGUACAACGCUAGUCUACAAUCACAUGAGCUCUCUUUUGUGUAUCUAUUGUCAAGGGUUAGAUGAUCGGAACCUUGCAAGUGAUUCUGUCUUAUAUUAGCUGAGUACACUGCUUUUAUAUGGCUACUGCCUUUUAUUUUUAUAAAGUGUAGUGUUUGUGUGAGCUCAUAUGUUAAUAGUACUAAAUAUAAUACCUAGAUUACGUGAGAAUAGCCUGUUCCAUCUGUUUGUUAACUUCUUGUGCCUUUUAGUUGAGCCACUCUGUCUGUGACUUGGCAUUUAUUGGCCGUGGUUUGACUGUUUGAAAAACUCUUUGUGCUGUGUAUAGUGUGUACCCAUAAACAUAUUUUAUUUACUUUGCCAGUUUUAUAAUGUAACUGUGCAGAACAUGAUGAUAACACUUACUCAUAAAGCAGUGAAUUUCAGCUGGGUGAUGUAAACUUGGAAAACAUAUUUUCAGAUUUUACAAAUUAAAGCAAAAUGGUACUGUAAGAUAUGCUUAUAUCGCAUCCUCCAGAUACUGUUUAUUUUAUUUUUUAUUGAUGUUAAAUUGGCUAUUCAACUGCUAUAUAGCUGCCAAACCUUUCAUGACAUUGGAUUCAACUAAACAACCAUUGCAACUAUUUUCCUUUUAAUUGUGAAACAAAAUAAUAAUCAAACAUUGAUUCAUUUUAUUGUGUCUCUGUAACAUUACAUGAGCUAUUUUCUUCCUUAAAAGGACAAUCCAGGCUGGUAUUAACACUUUUUUUUUUUUUUAAAUCCAUUUUUAGAUUGUACAUGACAUUAAGAAAAAACAACCAAUCUUAGUUCUGGUGCAAAUCCUCACAAAUUACAUCAACAGCCUUGAGUUUUACCUACUCCAGAAAGCCCCAUUCUUAGACUAGGACCAUGAUGUAUGUAGUGUUGAACUAUUGGACAUGAUUAACCCUGCAUAGAAAUGGUUAAUGUGUCAAUCAGGAACUAGCUGUUUAACAGACUAUGUAAAUGUGGUGACCUUCAAAAUGCAAAUGACAUCUAGAAUAUGUCACACUGGAGGGGCUUACUAGAAGCUUUUAAACCUUUUUGUACUCGGCUUUGCAUCUCUUCACGAUGACUUCUGAUUUAAUGGACUGUGUAAGUGGGGAGGGAGGGAUAGAGAAGGAACUGAGACAUCACAUACAUAGGUAUCCUAACAAGAGAGAAGAGGAAGUAUUGGGGAGGUGGCACAUAGAAGGUAAGGUAUGCAGAAGACUGCAAAACAUUUAUUAGCAAAAUUGGGCAUUUAGCUAAUUACUUAGGCCAAAAUAUAUAAAAAGGCCCUAAAUAAAUGUUUUGUGUUCUGGAUUGUUCAUUUAAUUAAUGUUUUCACAUAAAACUAUUGGGUACAAUUCUUGAGUCCAGAACCGGAGUAAAGUGUUGGAACAUAUUCACACAUAGAUAACUUUUCCAAGCUUCAAAUAUCGCAAAUAAGCUACAAGACAUAUCUGUUAAAACACCAGCUGCUAUUGUUAGUGAUUACCACCAGUCCCAGUGCAACAAAUAGUAUUACAGGUUAAAUGAAUUAAAAGUAAUUAUCAACUUCUGAAAGUUUUAAACUCUCCUGUAGAGAUUAAAGGUAGACUCCCACCUCUAUAACAACUGAAGUUGUUAUGUUGGCAAGAGGGUCUGUGCCCCUUUAGGGGUUAAAUUGUUUUUCAGCAGGUUAACCCUGUACAGUAGUUCGUCCACGGUGUCCCAGCUCUGUCUCCACUCUUCUUUGCUCUGACCUCCGCAAUGAUCAUAAAGGUUUGCGGGGAAGCCGGUGACAAGCUGAGGAGCCCAUUGACAGUUGUCCAGUGAGUGGAGCAUUGAGCAUGCUAUUGAUAAGUUAAAUGCAUAUCUUGGCACACAGAAAAUCUACAUUUGGCGUAAUGUUGUGCAUAUUUGAUUAUCACUUUCCAUGAUCUUUUACAGUUGAUAGCAAUUUGAAAUGGUUCAAUGACCUUUUAAUAAUCCUAAAGCAGGACUGGUCAGUGAUUCUAGGUUCUGUUGUUGUAAUAACACACCUAUUAUUCUCAGUCAGCAGCAUAGUAGCCUGAGAAUAGAUCCAGAGUUGUAUUCAUUAUGUAAUUUAUUAGAUUUGAUUUCUGAAAGCAUUAACAUCUCUAUAAAUUAUAUUCUGUUUCGUGCUGGAUAUUCACUGAAAUGUGAAUUGUUGAGCAUUCAAGGUGAAUUCAAUGCGAGUUUGACAUUUAAGGCAACAGUUGUCAAAUUGGAAAAAUAAUCAGUCACUUAAGUUUUUGCUAAGUCUAAUUUGACCUCUUUAAAAAUUCACUUUUCCAGUCUAGAUAAUUCACACGUCAGUGGAUAAAAACCUGUAAGUGAGUUUUUUCUCCAUAGAUACUCAAGAGCUAUCAAGGUAGUGAACUUAGAAAAUAAAAUAAAAACAUCUAGGAAAAUGAGAUAAGAAAAAAUGGCACUUUGAUGGAAACUGAAAUAAUUACUAUAUCUGGUGUUAGCAGAAUUGUUGUUAAAACUGUAUCUCAGGCUUGUGUUAGGCGUAGAAUAAGUUCUGAAAAGAUGUGAUUUGCUGUUGUGGUUUAUAUUCCGAAGCAAUACUUUAGGAUGGUACUGCAAUUUAGUGAUUUCAUGGGGAAACAGAAACAGCAUUCAUUAUAUGCAGUGUAAAUAUGUCAGGGUAGCUGUUUAUGGGGAUGACAUUUUCUGUGGCAGCUGCAAGUUGUUUAAAAACAAUAUUUUUGAUGACUUUUGUUAGAAGACUAUGUUUGGAAUAUUUUUGCAAACUGUAAGCAUUCUAAUUUCGUUAUGCUUGCAGUCUAAGAACUGGCUGUGUACCAUUUACAGUGUGAGCAAAUCUGAUCCUGAUGCAAACUUGAAAAUUAAACCAGACCUGUGGACUAACUCUCAUCACCUCAGGCAAGGCGUACAUAAUUAUUCAGCACUUAUCCAUCGGGUUACUCCAAUCCUUCUUAAUUAAAUAACUUUUUACAUUUACAAUGCUUUUUUGGGCAUUACUAAUCACUCCCUCCUUUUGGAAAACCAUAUUAAGUUGUAAACUUACCUUGAAUCUGGACUCCCUGCACUGGUUUCCAUACCCCCAUCUGACCUCAAACCUCCCUUGCUAGGUCAAAUCAAAUGCUUCGACCAUUCUCACUGGCUAAGAUUGCAUACGAGGAUUUGAACAAUGGAGAGAGGAAAUAUAAAAAAAAAUAGUAUUAACUAUAGCAGGGUGGCAGGGAAGGCUAAAAUAAAGAAGAAAAGGAUGGAGGGUACGUGCCUUUUAAAAGAAUAAAUAAAAAAUUAAUGGGUAGCUACUGGUUGGCUUAGCAGGAGUAGGCAACCUUUGACACUCUCAACUACAUCUUCCAUAGUGUUGGCAAAGCAUCAUGUAGUCCACAACAUUUGGAGUGCUGAAUGUUGUCUACCCUUGGUUUAGAGCAGUGGUUCCCAACCCAGUCCUCAGGUACCCCCUACCACUUCAGGAUUUAAGGAUUACUCAAUUGUAUCAAAGGUAUUUUUAGAAAAAAGCAAUACUUUAGACACAAAAGGGUAAUCACUAAAUCCUAGACUGGUAGGGGGUACUUGAGGACUGGGCUUGGAACCCCUGGCUUAGAGCAACUGCUCUGCACAGCGGCAGUCCAUGCUUCCUCAAACUGAUAUUCUAAAACUGGAUGUGGGAAGAGGAAGGGGUUAAAAUCUUACCUUUCUCCAGCGCCGGGCAGGGAGCUCUCUUCCUCCUCUCCUCCUUCAUAGCGACGUCAUCGGCCGAAUGCGCAUGCCCGGCAGGAGCCGCACGCACAUUCAGCCAGUUCAUAGGAAAGUAUUUACAAUGCUUUCCUAUGGACACUGGCGUCUUCUCACUGUGAUUUUCACAGUGAGAAGCAUUCAAGGGCCUCUAGCGGCUGUCAAUGAGACAGGCUCUAGAGGCUGGAUUAACCCUAUUAUAAACACAGCAGUUUUUCUGAAACUGCUAUGUUUAUAAAAAAAAAAGGGGUUAACCCUAGCUGGACCAGGCACCCAGACCACUUCAUUAAGCUGAAGUGGUCUGGGUGCCUAUAGUGUCCCUUUAAUCUAGCCAUGCUUUAUACAUUUUCCGUUGGCAGUAACUGGAGUGAUUGCAGUGACAACUUCCUAUAGAAAUCAUAGCAACUCCCUCUUUAGUUGUGGUGCUGAAAAAUUGAUAAAUGGGUUUGGGGGGGUGGGGUGGGGGGGGCCUAUAUUUAGAUAGUUUAUUUAUUUGUUAUAGAUUUUCUACCAUUUCUGAUAAGAGAAUGUAAAAAUGGAUUUUCUUUUGUAAAAUGUUAACAUUUUGUGUGUACCACCACAGGCACACUUUAAAGGCUGCAUUAGCUAAAACAGAUAAAUAAUAAAUAAAAAUAUUGGGUUUGUAAAUGUGACCACUGAUAGAUCAAGGCUUUAGUUGGAAUACUGCACUCAAGGUGUUCAUCUGUUUAGACUUAAAGCAGCACUGUCACUUGUGGGAAUGUUUGCAAAUUUCUAAAGAUGUCUUAACAUGACCUGUCACUUGCACGGUGGUGGUAAGGGGAAGCAUUGUCAUAGUUUUGCUGCCAUACUUCUUUGGUUUCUAGUGAUGUCUGCUGGGAGUCAUUGUCAUUAUUACACUCUCCCGCAUAUGGGAGUUUAUAAAGGAUCCCACAAUGCCAUGAAGUAUUAGAUAAUCUCUUGUAUGUGCAAUAAAGUACCAUAUCUAUUACGCAUCAUGCUAGAUAAAGCCUGUUCCCAUCAGCCGUGGCAAAGAUUGCCAGAGAUUGGCAAGUAUAUAUGACAAAGAAGUCCUUACUGUGUCUCCUGCAAAUCUUGGGUUGGAAUUUCAAAGUAAUUUCAAUACUGUAAAAAAAAAUAUUUUUUGUCAUAAACAUUCUGAAUUUAUGAAAAGCUCAAAAGUGACAGCACUGCUUUAACUUUAAUGCCAAAUACAAAAGAGGUAAUCUCUAUCACAUUCCAUGCCUCCCAGGGCCAGUUUUAAGAGAACCACACCUAUAAUGUGCAGACAGUAUAAUUUUAUUCACAUUGUAACUUUUUUUUUUUUCUUCACUCAAUCUUAAACAUUACGCUCAAGGUCUGUAAUUCACCAUGGAGACGGAUGUUAUGUGAGGCAAUUCUAUGAUCAUGUUCACAGCUGUAUGCAGGAUUAUUACGCCGUGAUUUCCAGAGGAAAACCUAUUGUUUGGUCCAGGCUUGCUGUGUAGGGGUUUGCUUCCACAAUGUGCGGGGGGCAAGAGGAAACUGAGAGGUCAUUAGACUUGCUAAUAACUGAUUAGAUGUGGCACGAGUGUAAUUGCUUAGGAACUUCCUACAGAGUGGCUGUAGUUUUCCAUAGUACGUGAAGUAACAUUAUUGUGCAGCCUGACUUAAAACAACCUGUGCCAGCUUCUAAUUUUUGUAUUAGCAAAAUAAGGAUACUGAAAAAUUGUGUAUCUACAUUUUGUUCUCCCUACCAUGCAUAAUGCAUAAUCCAUAUUAUUUAUUCUGUAUGUGUCUUAAAUCCAUCUAGCUGUAAUAGUGCAGAAUAUGUCAGACCGCAUGGCCAAAAAAGAAUUGCACAUCAGUUAAAGUGACUUUUAUUACAUAAUAUAUGUAUAAUGUUAGAAUAUCUGUAUAUUAUAGUGGCACACGUCAGUUUACUACCUUUGAGAUCCAGGGAUAUACAGCUUGAAUAUUGCACCAAUUCUCAAAUAAGAUAGAAAAAGCAAUAAAAAAGCAUGCUAGAACCGCAGACUGGUGCAUUAGGGUAGUAUGGCGUGAGGAAUGUGGGGAGUAAUGGACUCCUUCAAAAAGAGUUCUAAGCCAUAUAAAGACAAAGUUACAAAAUAAAAUGCUGACACAACACAACAACACUAUACAUUUUACAAUGUGUUACUAAUCUAAUCAAUGCAGUGUUUUUAAAAUGUAUCUACCACUACCUGCUGGUGUUAAAAAUAUUUAUGCUUACUAUAGUUGGAGCACUAUCUUUAAAGGGACACUAUAGUCACCAGAACAACGUCUGGUGAGUAGAAUCCUUACCUUCAGGCUUUUUGCUGUAAACACUGUCUUUUCAGAGAAAAUGCAGUGUUUACAAUACAGCCUAGUGAUAACUUCACUGGCCACUCCUCAGAUGGCUAUUAGAGAUCCUUCCUGUGUCAUGGCUGCCUAAAAUGCAUCCAAACAUUCAGUGUCUCCAUGCUCUGCAUGCAGACACUGAACUUUCCUCAUAGAGAUCCAUUGAUUCAAUUCAUCUCUAUGAGGAGAUGCUGAUUGGCCAGGGCUGUGUUUGACUCAUGCUGGCUCUGCCCCUGAUCUGCCUCUUUGUCAGUCUCAGCCAAUCCUAAGGGGAAGCAUUGUGAUUGGAUCAGGCUACCACUUCUGAUGAUGUCAGCAGACAACUUGUUUGUCUGAGGCAAACAGCAUGCAGAUCUACAGCUUCAGGCUUGAAUACAGUAAGAUUUUGCUAUAUUUAUGGAGGCAUGAGGGGCUCAGAGGGGCUAGAUGGUGGUUUUAACACUAUACGGUUAGGAAUAUAUGUUUGUGUUCCUGACCGUAUAGUGAUCCUUUAAAUCGACACUUUAGGGUUAGGAGUACAAACAUGUAUUUAUAACACUAACAUGUUCCUCUGCCCCCACAGACCCCUUCCCGGCAGGUGUAAAUGGUUAAAUAACACUUUAUUCACUUCAAGGUCCCUUGGCGCUGGCCUGUGCUCAUACUCCUCCAACAUCACCCGAUGGAGGGAAUGUAAAGCACAUGUGUGUCAAGCACCUUAGGGGCACUAGGCAUUUCCCAUAGGAAAGCAUUGCCUCAGUGAUUUCCUAAGGGGUUUUUACUUGAUGCUGAAUGUCAUCGUGCAGAGCAUAAGAGGUCCAGCAUCAUUUCAGAGAGUCAAACUCCAUAUGACCCCAGGAAGCGCCUCUACUGGCUGUCUGAUAGACAACCACUAGAGGCAGUCUUUAUAUUGCGACGUAAAAAUUUACAUUUCUCUAAAACUCCACUGUAUUACAUUGCAGGACUAUGGUGGACCGGGACAUUGUGCGCAGACCACUUCAAUGAGAUGAAGUGGUCUGGGUGCCUGUACUGUCCCUUUAACAUUUUGGAGGUAUUCAUUAGUGAGUUACUUUUUAAAGUGUGAAUCCAAUAUUAGGCCAGAAUCAAAUUAGCUUUUGUGGCCUAAAAUGUAAAAAAUAUUUGAAUUCACAUUUUUGUAAAUAACUCCGUAAGUCUUGAAUUUGGUAGAACUAACAAUUGCCCAUGCUCUAUUCUCACAUGCGCGAGAGUACAGCAUUCAAAUUGGCUCUCGCCAAAUGAAACACCAGUAGCUGAAGGGAUCUCGCGGAAAAAUUGCGGCUGCCAUGAGGAACAGAUUCAGGUAAGUAAAAACUACCUUCCCCUGCUCCUCACAGCCACUGAAAUGCAAAUACGGCUUGCCCCUGCUCCUCACAGAACUUUCUCUUUUAGGCUAUGUGUGCUGCCUGCGUACAAACUAGCAUUCCGAAACAGAAUCAAUUGCUUUGUAUCCCUGAACUUUCUCUUUUAGGCUUCUGUGUGCUGCCUGCGUACCUUCAGUUAUUCUUUCGAAACAAUCAAUACCUAUUAUGAAUAUGAAAUAUGUGACCUCUUUCUGACCCCAUAAAAUUGUAUCAGUCAAUACAAUUCCAUGUGUAAUCUGUCAGGGUUUGCAUUGCACAGAAUUGUACUAUAGAUGUAGUUUAUGCAUUUAUUUCCAUGACAGGUCUGUGUAGAAGUAAAUAGAGCAAAGUUGCUAUAGGAACCUGGUACUUCAGAGUAGGAGAAUAUAGUUAAUACGUGUGUGUGUUUUUUUUUAUUAUUAUUUUUAUUUUAUUUUUUUGAAUAAUGUAUUGGUUUAGUCAUUUGAAGAAGAAUCUCCGUAGGAGACAAAAAAAAAAAAAAUAGUCUACUCAACUGCCCAAAUAUUUUAUAAAAUACAAAAUCUAGAGAUUGCUUGCCUUGAUAACAUAAAUACAGAGAUACUGUUGAAAAUGCAUGUGGAUAGGACAACACCCACAAAUAAGAGAACUACCAUAAAAAAAAAUUGUAAUAUGCCAAAUCCUAAAGAAAGAAAGAAAGAAAGAAAGAAAGAACGAAAGAGGAACAUAACUAAAUCAUUGUGGGUUUAAACCUAUGAUCAAAGACAGAUUUAUUUUAAGCGGAUGAUCUGUGUCCAGUCAGAUAUUUCUUAGACAGAAGUGAUGAGGACACACAGCGCAUGCACAGCAGUCAGUGGGGUCUUCUCAUAUAUAUAUAUAUGCAUAGGACACACACAGUAUUGAGAGCUGACACCCAUAGCUGCCAUAAAAAAUUUCGGAACCCCUCAAAAGUCUAGGCCCCCGGGGCCCAUCCCCGAGUCUGCGCACAUGUAUGCAGUGUGUGUAGAGUGCUUAGUUUGUGUAGUGGAUGCAGUGUGUGUGUGUGUGUGUGUGUAGUGGAUGUGUUCAUGUAGUGGUUGCUGUGUGUAGUGAAUGCUGUAUGUAGUGGAUGCGGUGUGUGUAUAUAUGUGGGGUAGGAUAUGGACUGCAUUCUAUGGGCAAAUUUUUUAUUUUAUAUAUACGUGUGUGUGUGUGUGUGUAUAUGUAUGUGUAUAUAUAUAUAUAUAUAUAUAUAUAUAUAUAUAUAUAUAUUAUAAAAUACACACACACAGACAGACACAAACACACUCAGAAACACAGUCAGACACACACACACACACAGUCAGACACAAAACACACACACACACACACACACACAGUCAGACACAAAACAGACACACACACAGUCAGACACAAAAACACACACACACACACACACAGUCAGACACAAAACACACAUACACACACACAGUCACACACACACACAAACACACACAGUCAGACACACACACACACAGUCAGACACACACACACACUCACAGUCAGACACAAACAUACACACAUACACACAGUCAGACACACACACACACACAGUCAGACACAGUAAGACACACACACAGUCAGACACAGUAAGACACACACACACACAGUCACACACAAACACACACACAGUCACACACAAACACACACAGUCAGGCACACACAAACACACACACAGUCAGGCACACACACACAAACAUACAGUCAGACACACACACACACAGUCACUCACAUUAACACUUUUUUAAUUUUAUUUAACCCCCCCUCCCCAGCCUCCUUACCUCUCUCUCUCCCUGGUGGUCCAGUGGCUGCCAGUCGGGCUGAUGGGCUGGCUGCUGGGCGGGCGGCUGGCGAGGGAGCUCUUCCGCUGAGCUGACUGCUCAGCUCCCUCGCGCACCGCAGAGUGAGGCUGGGAGCCGGAAUAUGACGUCAUCAACCCGGCUCCCAGCCUCACUCUGCGGCGCGCGAGGGAUUUGAGCAGACCGCUCAGAGGAAGAGCUCCCUCACCAGCCGCCCGCCCGCCCAGCCCAGCAUGUCUGUUAGCCGCGAGGCUAACUAGGCAUUUGCCCUGGGCAUUUGGGGGCGGCGUUUCUUGCCGCCCCCUGGAAAAUGCCGCCCAAGGCAAAUGCCUAUCUUGCCUUGCGGCUAAUACGUCCCUGUCUGUGCCCCAAACUCAGACUGUCACUUUAUUUAUUUAUUUAUUUAUUUAUUUAUUUAUAAAAUAUUUUACCAGAAUGGACACAUUGAGAUUUCUCUGGUUUUCAAGUAUGUCCUGGGUCCACAAAACACUGCAUUGUUACAAUGGGAUACAAUAUCACUAAAAUACAAUAUACAAACUAUAUAUAUAUGUGUAUGUAUAUAUAUAUGUAUGUAUGUGUGUAUGUGUGUGUGUAUAUAUACACACACACACAUAUAAAUUUAAUACAUAACAGGUAAUAAAUAUAUUCAACCAUGACAGGUGCAUUCUAUGCUGAGGUAUAUUACCAUAGAUCUCUUAAAAGAUUUUAGCUUGAAUGAAGAUUUGACUGUGUCCCUGAGGUUAUUCCAUAAUUGCGGUGCUCUGUAGGAAAAGGAGGAUCAAGACACUUUAUUUUUGUAUUGCGGUAUGCAAAAUAUCAUGCUAGUACUGGAUCGGGGGUUAUAGGAGGUGGGAACAGCCAGGGAGAGCAUUCUACUCCAGGUAGGGUGGGAGCUUCCCAGAAAUGCUCUUAUGCACAAGGCUGGAAAGAUGAAGAGUGCGUUGGGAUUCCAGCGACAGCUAGUUUUGCUCUUUUAACAUGUCACAGUGGUGGGUAAAGUAAUUACAUUCUAGUACAAAGCGGCAGAACGAAUUAUAUAACGUAUUAAGUUUAUUAAGGUGGGUUUGCGGUGCGGGUGCAUACACUACAUCUCCAUAAUCAAUGACCAAUCAAUUAGCAUUUGUUGCAUUAUCUGUUUCCUUUCUGUAGGGCGUAGGCAGGUUUUGUAUCUGUACAGGGCAACUAGUUUUGAGAAAAGUUUUGAAGAGAUGUUUUCAAUGUGAAGGCCAAAAGGUCUAGAUAUUUAAAAGAACAGACUGCUGUCAGUGUGCUAUUUGAAUUUGUUCUGAUACAAAUUGUUGAUUUUGUAGUUUACGUCAUUUAGGUACAGUUCCAAAGAUCAUUUUAACUGCUUUGUCAGUGUUUAGGAAGAGUUUGUUAUCCGCUAUCCACCUUUCUACCUCUGUGAAUUGGUUUUGGAGCACAGCCUCAAGCUGCAGUAGAUUGGGUUUACUAGCAUAGAGUACAGUGUCCUCUGCAUACAUGUUUACAGGUGAGGAUUUGCAGACGUCAGGCAGAUCAUUUAUAAAAAAUGUGAAUAGCAGGGGGCCGAGUAUGGAGCCUUUGGGAACACCACACAUGACUGGAAGAGGGAGGGAAGCUCUAUUAGAAAUGGCCACAUAUUACAAUCAGUCUGAAACAUAUGAUCGAAACCAGGUUUGCGGACGGUCACCAAUGCUUGAAUUUUUACAUUUUUGCAAAAGAAUACCAUGGUCUACUGUGUCAAUGCCUUGGGAAAAAUCAAGCAAAAUGGCUACAGCUAAGUCUCCUUGUUCCAUGCCAAUUUGGAUGUCAUUGCAAACUUUUAAGGGGGCAGUCGAAGUUGAGUGAUUUGGAUGAAAGCCUGAUUCAUCAUGGGUCAGAUAAUUUGAUUGUUGAUAAUAUUCACAUAUAUUGUAUAUAGUGCACGUGGAUGCAUUUUUCCAAGAUUUUUGACAAUACAGGGAGCAAUGAUAUCCGGCGAUAUUUAGAUACCAAAGUAUUGUCACCACUUUUAUGGAUAGGUACAACUUUUGCAGUCUUCCAAAGUUUGGGUAUGUAUCCUGACACCAGGGAUUCAUUGAUAAGGGUAGUGACCGGUUUAGCAAUUGCUGGUGCACUGAACUUCAGCAACAUUGCUGGGAUUUGAUCUGGUCCACACUGGUUUCUCAUUUUUUAAUUAUUAAGAUGUUUAUUAACGACACUAACAGGCACAGGUCUAAAAUUGAAUUUCUCUAUAUGAGGAUUUUGAAGAUUUGGCAGGGUCUGAUCUUUAUUUGCGGUCUGCAAAUGAGUGUAAUUUGUUAUUUUAGCAAUCCGGAUGGUAGCACAUCUAACAGUAUAAUUAUUAAAGGCAUUUGCUACAUCUAGGGGGUGUUGCAGUGUUUGGUUUUACAUUUUGACAGUGGAGGGUUGGGAGUGGAUUGUGGGGGUUUGUAUGCUAUUUAUCACUUUCCAGAAGUUUCUUGAGAUCUUGGGAGGGGAUUUAGUGGCCUUUAUUUUGCGUAUGCAGCACAUUAGACAGUGGUCACUGAAACUGUUGGGGAGAACGCCCGCCUCCUGGAUUCUGUUAGGACAACUGGAGAGAAUCCAAUCUAGCAAGGUAUGGUUCUGGCUUUUAAUAUUAAUGCGAAUUGGCGAAGAAAUUUAUUGUGUUAGCUGCAAAGUCUUAAACAGUGUACAUGAUUUAUUAAUUUUAGGAUUCAGCCAAUCAAUAUUAAAAUUUCCAAAAACCAACAGUUCACUUUCUUGAGCUACAGUUUCACUUAGUAGUUGGGCUAUGUCAGAAAGGGAGUGCACCGGAGAGCUAGGUGGGCUGUAGAUUCCAGCAACAAUGAUAGUUUUAAUGAAAGGCUCAUCAUUCCUUUUCACCCACCUCUUUUUAUUUAUUUUUUUUGUGUGUGUGAUGCACCUGUGAUAUACUAUACUGACAGUACAAUUGAGUGUGUGGAAUUUUGAACUUCAUGCUUCUAGAUUUAUAUCAAGUGUCUUACUUUUUUUCACCAUUUGAAAGCUUUUGCCUUGUAUGUUUAACUGACAAACUCUGGCUUAUUUUAAAUAUUAUUUUGGCAGUGUGACCGUAUUAUCAGAGUUUAACUAUGUGGGGGGCCUCAGGAUAAAAAGUUUUAGAAUAAGUAAAGAUGCCAAGUACAGAGAAUCUCCAAAUACUUUAAAGCAGCAGUUUUUUUGGAACUAUUAAAUGGUUUCCACUCUGAUUUAGCCAGUAGAUAAAGACGUACAAUUUCUUACAUUCACAGUGCUUUUUGUGCUAGCUAGUUAAAAUGACUUCAGCAUAUCCUUUUUAAUAAUGUCAACAAAACACACACCUGUUAGAACUGAGCACCUCUAGUCUGGCUACCAGCUACCACAGCCACCAAGAAUCUCCCCUAUAAACCUUUAAAACCGUAAGAAGCAAUAUUAGUAAAGUAGGUGCUAUUAAAUAUGUGCAAAGACCGUAAAUUCCUUGAAUAAAACCGGAGUCCUCUUUACGCAGCUGUAUCCAUCAACAUCUAUUAACUCAAAUAAAAUCUUCAAAGCUAAAAGUAAAGCACAAAAGAGAGGAGCCUCUGCAUGGUGAAUUACCUUUAAUAUAACGAAAAUUCAUUAAAUGCACUCAUACAAAGUUGGUGCCGAAAAAAGCACUGAUAUAAUAGUUGUCAGGCCUAUCCAAAGUGUCCGUAGACCAAAACGCCAGUGUUUCCCCUUGGAAUUUAGCUGGCUGUCUCCUUUACAUUCCUAAAGCUGUUAUGUUUGCUCCUCUUCAAAACACUACAGUGAUUAUGGUCCACCAUUUAUCUUGGCCCAACCAUGACAUCUUCACCACUAAGGAGACAUCUUUGCAAUGCAGUCUUUAACGAAUUUCUUGGCCUUGUAAUUUUACCAUGGUAAGACUGAACUGUACAAUCAGUGGAGGCAGCCCGGCAAUGGGAUGCAAGACCAACUAAUGGUGAAAUAAUCAGAAAUUCUAAAUGAUUUCAAUAUGAAUUUCAAAUUUAAGGCUAAAAUAGCUGAACUGGAAAAAUUAUCCCAGUCAAUUAUGAUUCCUUUCCAGCUACUUUGGCCUUAAUGUGAAAUUCACUUUAAAAUCACUAUAAUUCUCAUUUAAUGAAUAACCUAUACCCGUGUUCCCAGAGCCAUAUUGAAGCUCCUUGCACCAUGCUCCCUGUAACACAAGAACCCCCUGGCUCUUUUAAAUCAUUAUCCAUAUUACCAACAUCCACUCCCAAUUCUGUCUUUCUCAGCCAGAACACUGUUCCAAAAGUAGGUCCAAAUGUUUCUGUAAUAAUGAGACCAGGAAAUGAUACGACAUGCCACCAAUAUCGCUAGGACUAAUACUUGUGUAUCCUGAGAGUAAUGUCAAGGCAAAAAUCCUUUGCAUAUACAUUAAUAACAUUAUACAGCUGUGCCUUCCUUUCUGAAAUGCUUGUUCUGAGAAAAGGAGCAGAGAGCUACAGACUGAUAGUCUGUACUUUUUGAAAUAAACCUAUUAAUAGCCAGUGGAAGACGUCAAGGCUUGACCAAUUUCACAGGUUGGUAGAAGGAUUGAUAAAACUUAGCUUGCAUACUGAGAAAACUCUGAAUAGUCUUGAGGAGCUCUGUACUCUUUCUACCUUUUGGGUUAAAACACUCUUUAAAUUGUCUCUAUCACCCCUCCUCCCCCUCAAAAAAACAACCCUAGGAUCUGAAGAAAGAAGAUAGUAGCACCCAUAAGGUAUAGUAUCAGGUAAAUUUAACUGCACUGCAAUGUCACCAUCAUGGGUCUUUGUAAACUACGCAAAGACCCCAGAAGGUGACAGAGCUGCUUUAAGUGUCUGGUUUAGAAACAGAACACCCUUCUCAUUUAAUGGCUUUAUAGCUCUGACAGUAUUCAAUAAGCAUAUCAUGCUGCCACUUUUAUUUUUACAUGGCACAUUGUGAUGACACAAAAGAAUAUAGUUGGUACUUUUUGGGGUAGGAUUACUUUCCUGUGCUGCACACCCCACCUCUUCAAAUGCUACAGUAACACAUGUUGAUGGUCUCAGCCUAUCCCUGGCUGCCCUCCUAAACAGUCCUCACACUGCAGAGGCAAAGCAGAAGGAAGAUAGGGGGCAGCAGUGUUCCCAAAUCCCAAACACUGCUGGUAGUGUUCCUUUUAACCACUAUUUUAUUAUAAAUUUAACUAAAAUGUUUCACUUUAAUUUUUCCAUCUGGUUGACUUCCUUAAAUGAAAGUUAUUUACCCUGAAGUUAUAUUUAGAAAAUCUUAGAAAUAGUACUGAUGUGAAAAAUACUGAUUUAUGAACCAGCUGACACAGAAAGAAUUUUGACAUGUACAAAGGCACAGACGGUAAUGCAAUCCAACUUUGCAGCUGAUUCACUUUAUGGAUUUACUUUAUGCUAUUCACUUGAUAUUUACAGUAUUUACCAAUUGGAAUUAUAAAGGAAAAAUAAAACAUACUCCAGACCAACAAUCUACCCACCUGGACACUGGUUAGCUGAGAGAUAGAUGCUCAGCUAAGGAAUUACUUGGUAACUUGAACCCUGACCGUAAAUAAAAAUUGCGAAGUCCCCCUCUGUGUGCAUGUACUCAUAGUAGGCAUAGUGUAAAAAAAUACAGUAAAAUGCAAUCGACGUAUAUGCAGAACUGUCUGAAGGGUGCAUAGCAUGACUUUUCUUUGGUCUCAACACAUCUGUAGUUGGUUAGCAAAAUAAGUAGGUCCUCCUGGGGCCCACACUAACCAAGACACAAGACGCAUAGUAAGAACUAAUCUAUCACUUUGGGGUGAGUAAUUCCUCGAUUUAAUCUUUUUGAGAAGCUUUUCAAAUGAUUUAAUAUUUUUGGACACACUUCUAAAAUGAUUUAAUAUUUAGAAAAAUAAUUUUAAAUUUUUUUAUAUUAAUGAUGUAUUUUUUUGUGUUUGUAAAUCAGGCUUUAUUUAAGUUUAUUCUAGAUAUUAGAGAUCAUACAGCAGUGAAGUAACAAGCAUGUAGUAUUGCAAGUCUGAACAGUAAGAAUCAACAUAGCAUACGCGGAGUGCACGCAAUGAACCCUCAGGUGUUCACAUAACCAUAUUAUGAUUAUAUUUUAUUAUAUAUGUUUAUGUUUUCAAAAAAUCUUUUUACAAGUUUGUGGGGGAGACCUAAUGCGCACGCCGCAUUAGACCUCCCCAUAGGAAAGCAUUAUUAAUAUUAAAGAUAACGGACCAAAAGUCCGUUUGGAUUCCGGAAGCGCCCCCUGUGGCUGUCUGGUAGACAGCCACUGAGGGCAGACUUAGAGCUGCAAUGUAAACACUAGGUGCAAAAGGGACACAGCACCCAGACCACUUCAAUGAGCUGAAGUGGUCUGGGUGCCUACCUUGUCCCUUUAAGGGGACAGGAUCACUGUAUCCAGACCCCUUAUAUUAGCAGAAGUUGUCUGGAUGCCUUUAGUAUCUCAUCUCACACUCAGAAGAACAGCGAUUGUGAUGCUCUGCAUCUAACAUCCUGCAGUAAUUCCAAGGUACUGACUGAAGCUUGGAAGAUACUUCACCUCAUUUAUUCUUACGUUGCUACUAUAUUUUCAUGUGUUACUAGAGAAUUGUUUCCAGUUACACCUGUAGUUUGCCACUGUAAUUUUCUGUGCAUGCAAUUUUAUCAUUGGCAUUUAAUGUUUCUGACCAAUAUUUCAUGUACACAGCUAUUAUUAAUAUUUUGGGUGAUAGAAUUUGGUUGCUAAACUUUUCAACACAUUGCUACUCUACUCCUCCCCUCCCCUCCUCUCCCCUCACUUCCCCUUGCUCUUCCUGGCUGUAAAUACCUUCAUAUAACUGUUCUAUCUCCAUCUCUGUUCUUCAGGCCUCAUCUCACACUCAUACUCACUCACUCACACUCUGCAUUUAUAAUAAUAAUAAAAAAUAAAAAAAAUUCUCGCCCACCCAGGUUCCCCACUAAAUAUAUAGCAUGCUCCUCCAGCUGUUUGAGAUUCUCACCCAAUUACCUCUUCAUUCCAGCAGUUUGAGAUUCUCACCCAAUUACCUCUUCAUUCCAGCAGUUUGAGAUUCUCACUCAAUUACCUCUUCAUUCCAGCAGUUUGAGAUUCUCACCCAAUUACCUCUUGAUUCCAGCUGUUUGAGAUUCUCACCCAAUUACCUCUUCAUUCCCUUUGUAUUUUACCAAUAGCUGCUUUUCUCUGUUAACUCUUUCAGCCAUCACCUCCAAACUUCCCCUGCUUCCUUUUGUCUCAAAAUCCCCAUGGUAUCCUUUAGAUUGUAAGCUCAUGGGCUAUCUAGCUAAGCACUUUGUAUAAAAGAGCUCCAGUGGCUAGAUAUCAGCUUACGGGCAGGGCUCUCUCUACCUCUUGUGUUUGUCUGUGUAUAUUGUACGUUCUCCACUAAUUGUACAGCGGUGCAGAAUCUGUUGGCGCUUUAUAAAUAGCAGUAAUAAAUAGAUAAAAUAAAUUUAGUAGAUGGCUGUUUCUCUUAAUCCCCUAAUAAUUAAGAGUGAAUCAUAGGCUACCUGUUGCCACCUUAUUCCAUGUGAGGUUGGGAAAGGAUUAAUAUAAAAGUAGCUAUAAAUUCAGAUAUGAGGGCAGGCUAAAUGAUAAAAAAUUUUUUUUUUAUAAAGUUAGGCUAGCAAGGCAACAUGCAAAAGUCAUAAAGUUAAAGCAUCUGCCUAUAAGAGAGCAAAAAAGCCUACCCCCAAUAUUUCACCAUAAUGCCUUUCUCAAAGGACCAGUGGGGUACAUCUAACUUUGGCCAUGAUUUAGUGUAGAAUGUCAUCUUUUGGUGAUGGCUAACUUCUUACACUACAUUUAUGGUGGAUUGCAAUUUAUUUUGAUGCUCAACGAGCCCUUGUGGGUCUUAAAGCUAAAUGAGUGAGAUUUUGUUUUGGGUUUUUUCCACCCUCUUAGUGUUGAGUAACAUAUUUUCUGCUCCUUCUGCAUUAGUCAUGUACAUGCAAGUUUUUUUUCUAGCAGCGUACAGUUUAGGAUUUCUUGGCAGGAAAAGCUGACACACAUCAUGUGCCAGAUUAAAUAAAAUCCUCUUCCCAGAGCGUCUCAAAGCUUGAAGCAUGGCGACUCACACAGGUGACUCUCUGCUGAGUGCAUGAAAUUCAUCCCCUGCAGUAUGUAGAUGUGGCUGUAAUUAGACCCAUCUCACUGUUCAUUCUCUGUCUGCCUCUCCCAGUGAAAGCUGGGGCCAGGAAGAGUGAUACAGCUUAAAUCCCACCCGCCAAUUUACAUUGGUAAUGGGUACAUACACAGAAGCUGCUGUUAUGGUAAUCAAGGCACAAAUCUGGAGCAAUUGCUUGGCUUUGCUGGAGCAGAAAGAGUUAAACCUCUAACUAUAUUUAUGAAAUCUGCUUUUUCACUAAUUGGCGUAAUUCUAUACAGGACUGGUAAUUUCCCGCAAACCAUUAGUCUAUGACAUGUAAAAUAGUUUCUGUUUUAUGUGUAUUUAAGAUUGUAUGGUCUAGUGGUUUCCCCUGCAUGUCUGUCUGGUCAUUUUUAACCCAUUUGGCAAGGGGGAGAAAAAAAUAAGCUCAGAGUUCAGAUUCCGCGUUUCAGUGAUUUAAAAAUCCAAAAUAACUAUAUCUGCAUUCUGUCAUUUAGUUGGCCUUGCUGGCAAGUAAGCCUUAUUGAUAUUUACCAGGCCGCAAUGAGCAAUACACCUUCAGAACAAACUACGAAUUUACAUAUUGCCAUUGUAUUUCAUAUAAGGAAUUUGCUGAGUACCAUAUGUGGUCUGCUUCUACUAAAUGAAAAAGGGUUAUUCCUGUGCAUUUGUUUGAAGCUUAUCAAAGGAAUACUCCCAAGCGUGCUGUAGUAGUUAUAGUGCCAGGAUUGUGCUGGUGCCCCCUAUUGUAAGUAAACCAUUUUUAGAAGGGUUUGACGUCUUACCUGCUAUCCACCAGGCAUCGCUUCUCACAUACACUGCAUUUGACAAAGGCGCAAGCUCUGUCUCUCGUCUAAGCCCGUCAAUCAGCUGACGCCCUCAGCCAAUGAUCUAGCACUGCACUGCAGAGUUUAGCUCAUGGGCACUAAUGGAAGCCCCAAAGGAAGAGCUUCUUGCUCUGUGUGAUGUAGUGAAGGUGGGGAAGGUGGCGGCAAACAAAAGGGAAGAAGAUAAACUGUUUUAAAACAAUGGGGUGAGAGGGCCGGGUAAAGCUGUUGUGGUUAUGGUGCUUGGAGCGUUCCUUUCAAGAGGCUUUGGUGAACUAGAUAAGCUAGUCUGUGAGAAACAGUAUUCCAUCUGGAAAGGUCCGGACAGCUUCUAGACUAGAGCGUGCUUGCACAGUAAGAACAGAGUCUGAAACUGAUAGAAUUAUUUGAUUAAUUCAUUGCGGCAAUUGUUGCAUGUGCGCAUUAAGUCUGCAGUACUUGCAGGUAAAUACAAGGUUAAUUCAAGUGUAUUUGUAUCAAAAAACGGGGCCCUUAAAUCUAAAUAGUCCAACUAACAAUAGGGGUGACAUUUAAAUAUCAAUAUUGUUCCUUUAACUUUGCAUCUCUCUGAGCAGUGACCUAAGGAUUUCCUGUCCAGUAAGAAAUCAGUAAGGAAGUGCAUAGUCUUAAUUGUAAAUGCAUUGUGUUCUUAGGUUGGUUGGGGCACCACUUUAUGAUAACUGUUAUCAAAGCACUAUAAAAUAGAAAUGCUGUAAAUAUUUGAUCCAGACACGUGCAUAUUUUUUUUAAAGCAGGGCGUUUACAGUGUUUCCUUGCAGAUUCUCCCCUAAGGGAAGUUCUGAUUAUAGGAAUAAUAUAUUAAAUGUGUAAUUAACCACUUAACUAGACGCGCUGUGUAAUCUAGGUGAGCCUGGUGAAAUGUGUCUGUUGGCAGUGGAUUUUCUUGAGUGUAUUUGUUGUGUAUUUCCGAAAAGCCUGUCAAUGAGCGAAUUUUUUUUUUAGUUAGAUUUAUUAGCUUUAAUGGGCAAAUUUUUUUAUUUUUGAGUUAGAUAUUUUAGCUUUAAUUGUUCCUUUUCAUUUCUGAAUUCUGGUUUAAAACAGUAUUUGUAAAUUUUACAUAAAUACUUGGAACUUGCCUUGUUCGGUUGUGUUAUGGAAACUGCCAUGGAUACAAUUGGUGAUAUUUAUCAAAGUGUAUGUUGCUUCUAAUACCCUAACAUUGUUUUUUAAAUGUACGCGUUUUUUUUCAGAGACACAAAAGACUUAUUUAUUUUUCUUCCACUUUUUCUAACAGAAUAGGGUCCUGUCUCCUUUUUCUCUCUCUCUUUUUAUUUUUUUCCAUAAAGUCCGAAUAUGGUGGUCUUCUGAAAUGGAUAUUUAUGUGAAAACUGGAAUUUGUGGAGAAAGCUGGCAUUUUUUAGAUCACUCUUAAAACACUUUACCAUUUAAGGACCCUGUGACAGUCUAUGCCGUCAUGCAGUGCAGGAUUUUCAAGCCUGUUGAUGGCACAGACCGUUGUGCUAAAAGUGUCAGCAGGGCUAAAUCCCUGCUGGUUCCAGGGAGCACCAGGUAUUAUUGUAUUCACAACAAGCACCAUAAUCAUUUUUACACUCUGUAGUGAUUGUGGUGCUUGAAGUAUCCUUGCGCUCCCAAAUUGAAGUAGUCAAAUGGUUUUGCUAAAGCUUUUACAACUUACCUAGAGGUCUGCUGGGUGCCAUUCUCAGCCUCAUUGAGAGCUGGAAGCUCUCUUCUUUCAGGCCGAUGCAGCAAUGCAGGACUUAGCUCAAUGGUUAAGAUUAAGUUGAGGCUGAGCCAAUGACCUCAGGGUUUAGCUCAGGAGUGCUAAUGGAUGCUCCGUGUGGGAGACUCUAGCUGUCUAUGAAAGAAGUGGUCCCUAGGUAAGCUGUCCAACUAUUAGGCAAUUAUGUGACUACUUUGACUCUGUUGCUUAGCUGGAACCUAAGGAGACUCAAGGAGAAAUUACCUGGUACACAGGAACCUGCAGAGUCCUUCUUUCCUUACUUACUUGGGAUUUUAGCUGAAACUACACAGAUUUUGACAUAACAUGGAUAACUGCCACUUGCUACGGAUUUCAGCUGUGCCCUGGAACUCUCUGUAUACAUUGAACUCUGCGUGGGCCAAGCCGAUAAGCACCCUGCCGACUAAAAUUACUAUGGCCAGCGUUGGGACUUGGCUUUUCUUUUGUAAAUAUCCUAUUUUUAUUUGCUAAUUAUCAUCAGAGCAGAAACAAACACAAUGAGAUUUGGAUUAGUGAAACUGCUUAAUUUGUUCAUAUUGAUUCUUUGCCAAUGUUGUCCAGCUCCAGUUAUUCCCUAUGUGCCUACUUAGAUGCAGUAUCUAUGGAACACUAGAAAGAGAAUGGGGCAGGAAGUCUGACUGGUUCAGGAAUAGUUUAGCUGUUGUAUAGAAUGUGCCUGAUCUUGGGUAUUAAGUGCUGUACUAAAAAGAUACAGACUGAUACCUGCCCCAGAAUAAAAAAAACAAACAACAGUUGGGUGUUUUUGUUUUUCUUAAUAAAAAAAAGAAAAUUUUGAAAACACAUGGUUUGCAGUUGUGAUCUGGUUUCAGAUAAGCUUUUAUGGACACAUUAUUUAGCUGUUAUCAGUGUACUAAUAUUAGAAAAUAAAAAAAGAUUGUGUACCAAAAUUAGAAAAGGAGAAAUUAGAGAUAAAAAUUACAAUUAUUUAUAAAUCCAAUAAAAUAGCUUAAAGAAACACUCUACACUGUAGUGGUUAAGGUGCAAGGAGUGCCCUGGCACUAUCCCAGUCAAAAUGUUUUAGCAGGGUUUGACAACUCAAUGCUUGCUCCCCAUCGGAGGCAUUUGGUGUCCUCGAGCAGGAGAAGCUCAGUCAGUGGAGGGCUGUGCUCAUUGUAUUAGAGUAGAGUACUAAGCUGAUACUCUCAAUGAGCAUGGUUGUUUUUUGCUGUAGAUAAGACCAGAUGCAAAUGAUGCAGUGCAAUGCCCGGCAGAACCCAGGUAGAUUUUAAAACUGUGCUAAAGUAGUUUAACACAGGAUGCUGCUAUGUCCCAUUUAGCCUGAUAAGCAUUAAAGUGAGCUGUCUUGGUUAUGGUGCUUGGAGUUUAUGAUCAUGUUUGGUGCAUGAAAAUAAAUAUUUCUUCCAGUGUGUUCAUGCUGAUCCUUGUCUCACAAGUCAAGAUGUAAAUGUCUUGCCUCUAACUAUUUGGCAGACUGAAUCAGGACAGUCAAGUUAUACUCUAGGCACCAAUAUAACAUAAGCGCGUUUGACAGAUUUGGGCCUCAUAGUUAUGUUGAGGUAUUCUUCACAGUCAAAUGUUGUUGUUGUUGUUGUUGUUGCUAAAAAUAAAAAAAUAAAUACAUAGCAUCUUUCUGCAGCAUAAUUCCAUUACUUUAGCCGUGCUCUCUGUUUUCACAAAAUCACUUCAAUAUUAGAUUUAUUCUGCAUGCCGCCCAACGGUCCCACUUUCCAGAUUUUUACCCUAGGUCAUGACAUUCGAGGACACCAGGAAGCUGUCCCAAACAAUCAUAGUGCAAGCGCCAUAUAAGACACUCACGCUAUGGUCAGUGCACUAGCACCCUGCUGAGAGCACUCAAACAUUGACUUUACUUUGUAAUUCAAUCCAGAUAAUAAGGACAGUGAUUAGCCCUUGGGGCGGAAUCAAGCUAGCAGCUCAGUUCAUACUGGUCUCUUGUUGGCUGAACUACACGGCUUACCUUCCAAUCAGGUGGACAAUUUGUGAAAAGGGGAGAGAUGACAAAACGUUUUUUGUUUUUGUUUUUUAUAGCAAAAAUUAAAGAUUCAAACUGGGAGAAAAUGUACAGCAAAAAAACUGUCAAAUGCACUAAAAGGAACAUUAUAGUGUCAGGAAUACAAACGUAUAUUCCUGGCACUAUAAUCUUGAAGUGGCUCUUUAGGAUACCGAUACCGAUUUUUACUUUUCUUUUCUCCAUCACCGCGCCAGCCUCGCUGUGGUUCGUCCUGCCUUCAUGACUAAUAUCAUCGAUCUUGAUGAUCUCAGCCAAUUCAGUGCUUUCCCAAAGGAAAGCAUUGGGAGGCUAUUGCGUGCAAAAGGCUGCGCUGCGCCAUUCAGCAUUUCCUCAUAGAUAUCCGUUGAAUCAAUCUAUCCCUAUGGGGAACGUUCAGCGUCUCCAUGCAGAGCAUGGACACACUGAACACCAGUGCUGCACACUGUAGAACUGACCCAGGAAGCACCUCCAGUGGCCGUCUGAGUUACUGCAACUAGAGGUGUUACUAGGCAGUAAUGUAAACACUGCCUUUUCUCUGAAAAGGCACUGUGUGGGUUUUUUUUUUUUGUUUUUUUUAAAGAGGCAGUGUUUACAGUGCUAACAUUGUAUGGACAGGCUAUAGACACCAGAACCACUACAUUAAGCUGGACUACAGUGUUCAAUUAAGUUAUGUUGAUGUCCAGAGUGUUCCUAAAGCAUUGAAUGGACACUACUUGCUCUAAAAUGUGUAUUAACAUAUAUUAAAAUAAUUUACCUGGCUUAGUAGGUUAUCCAUGGUCUUCCAGAUUCCUUUCCAAGGAAUCACAGUUUUACUAGUCAUACAUAUGCAAUUUAGGUUGAAGUACAGCACAUUUGCCAAUCCUACCAAGGAUCCACAUUCACUGAAGUUUAAAUACCCAUCUUUUUUUGACUCUGUGAGUACCUGGAGCUGCAGAAGAGGAGAGCUAAGGACUAUGGAGUAGCUGGAGGAACUAUGUAGAUGUUCUAUUUUGUGAUUACAAAUGUUCCUAGUGCUUUAGAAUCAUCCUUAAUCUUCUCGUGAAGCCUAAAAAGCAGAGGAACAAUUGUUAAAUUUGUUACGUUCUUUGGUGACACAUGGCAAGUUCACUUAACAUGCAGUGUCCACUCAGUGGAAAGACAAGAAGUUCUUCAGCCAGCCAAGGGCUGUCCAUUCUGCAGAACCAAUCUCACUUGGGCUGAAAUGGCAUUUUGCAGCUCCAUUCAGGUUUAAUUGUGUGCUUAUUCUGUUGUUCUUUGCAGACUUUUGGAUGGAUGGACCCAGUUCUUGGUUAUUGGUGGAUUGUACAAGGUGGAGAUGUGCGGAGGGGUAAAUGUGUUUUUUUGGUUUUUUUUGCGAUUUGAUGUAAGUAGUUGUUCAGUUAUUUUGAAGAGCAUCUAAUUGGAAUGUACAUUGUUGUUUCUCUGAAUGAUGUGUGACUAUCUUUUAGCUGUGUGCAACGUGAAAAUAUACUAUAAAUAUACUGUACAUCAUUUAUUUCAAUAUUAUAUCUUUGUAAAGUAACUCUGAAUGAAUGGCAGACAACAGUGCAGUAAGAAAACAACAGUUGGAUACUUACUUAUACAUUUAACAUGCAGCAUGUACAGUAGAGUAGGCAGACUAUUUUGUUUUAGGAGAAAAAACUUUUUGGGUUGUCUUGUACCAAGCUAGGGAGAUGAAAGCAGUAGUAACUUAUUUUAAAUUGUAUUGCCAGUUUAAAGGCCAUCUGCACUUUGAUCAUGGUUUAUGGGCUCAAAAACCAGCCUGUAAGAAUCUUCAAGUGUUGUACUGAAAGCAUUAUUAUAUUUGUGAAUAAAAUGAAUACAAAAUGAGCUUGAAUCACGUCUUGGGUGUUUGAUUUAAAUGUACUUGAUUGAAGCAUUGAUUGAAAUCAUGAUUUAAAUAUAUUUUAUAAAAAUCUGUAUAUAUAAUAUCAUGUUUUGUGUAUCAUAUUUGUUCUCUUCUCAAGAUGGAUAAUCCAGGUUUAGAGUAAUGAGAUUAACACUCCACAGCAUAUGAGGGCAGAUACAUUAUAAUCCAAACCUUAACUGAACCUGCCCCCUAACCUUAACCUAGCAGCAUCAUUACAAUUAUUUAUCUCAAAGAAGUGGUGUGGGUGCAGUGGUUCUGGCCCUUUCGCUUUGCAAUGUAAUACAAUGCUGUGUUUUUAGAAACUGCAAUGUAUAUAUUGCAGGAUUAUAUCCACCUCUUGUGGCUAUCAUAUGGGCAGCCGCUAGUGGUGCUUCCGCUGCACUGAAAGGUAAUGCAGAAUCCCAUAGGAAAACAUUGAAUAGAAUGCUUUCCUGAGGGGAAGAUUGAAUGUGCGCUCGGCAAUCUGUGAGGACCAUUGAAUUGGACCAUCGCUCAGGAGGCCAGGAUUCUUAUUCAACUGAUUGGAAAAAAGACUUGAGUGGGCAAAACACUGGACAGAGUUUCACUCAGUUAUGGAGGAGGAAGUGCCUCUAGUGGCUGUCAGGAAAGAUGCCAUUAGGGAUAUAGUUAACUCUGCAAUGUAAACUUUACAGUUUCUAAAUGGUGCAGUCUUUUACAUUGCAGGGUUAAAGUGAGAAGACCACUGCACCCAGACAUUUACAUUGAAAUGAACUAGUCUGGGUGACUUUAAUGGUCCUUUAAUAGCUGUGCAAUGCCACUAUGUUUCUAACAAUAUUGCAAAAUUUCAGCAUUACUCUAAAGACAUUGGCAUUUAUUAUACCUUUUUUAAAUGUCUACAAACCAUUGUAACCCCCCUCCCCUCCCCCCCCCCUAGAAACCUGCAAGAUUACAAAUACAAAUUAGGUCAUAUACUGUAAGGGAGAAAUGCAGAUCACCAUUGUGCUACCAUCAGUACCAUUGAGGUAGAUAGAAAGAGAUCUGACAUGGGUGCAUUUUACUUAAAAAGAGAGAGGCUUAAUCCAAGAUUAAACCCUGGAACACAAUCAUAGGACUGGAGUCAAAGUGAAAAUAAGUUAGAUCUGUAGUUUGCUUCCCCUCAGCCCCCUUUCUUGGGUGAACUGUAAUGAUAUGUUUAUGUGAUAAUUGUCAGAAAGUAGUCAUUUAUUUUGAGCUCUUGUGAUGAUAUUGCUUACAUAAAGCCCAUUUAUGGUUAUACCAUUGUACGGUUAGAACUACAUAUUUCAAUAGAAUGUUAAUAAUGUGGAAUAACAACGAAUCUACAGGGAAAAAGAAAGUCUAAAAUGUAACCAUGGCAUAUGGUUAAAAAAUAAAUGGAAGUUUUCAAAUUUUUAUAUUUUUAUGUAAUUGUAAUAGUUUAGCUUUCUAGUCUUUUACUCACACUGCCUAAUGUCCAGGUUCCCAGAGUUUAUCAUGUAUUAUUCCCGGUAUUUCAGUCCUUUUCUCAAUCAACGCUAACAAAUUCUGUAAUCUGGAGAACCACUUCCAUGAUCGUUGGAUGCAAACGGGCACAGCACUUCAAGGGUUAAAUUCGGGAGCUUUAUUCAUUCCACCUUCCAGUAAAGUGGACACUUCCAUCCACACUUUCUCAUGUGUGAACUGUGUGGAACAGGAUAUAACAAUCCUUUUUCUGACUGAGAGUGAUGACAGUUGCAAUCUACAUCAUCUCUAUAAGAUAACUAAAACAAGAAAGAGCACCUGGAAAUACAUUCAAAAUAAAUAAUAUAAAUGCCUAGCACUAACAGGACUAACAAAUUUAUAAUAAAAUCCCACCUUGUAGUUGCAAUUAGGAGAGUCGUAUAGUUGUCCCAUAGAUAUCAUAAUGGUAAAAUCUUUGCAAAAUGCAGUAACGUUUCAUAGUGUAACAAAUCAGUGUAUUCACAUUUUAUAUUUAUUGUCAAAAAUGUUUUUUAAAAUCCUUAAAGGAAAUUUCCAAUAAAAAAAAUAUUCUAUAUUUUACCCCCAAUAAAAACAUGCAUGCUUUUAAAUAUUUUAUUUUUCCCAUUUGGGGUAUAUCUAAAACCAGCUUGCAAGUAGACAAAACCAUCCCCUUCUAACCCGGCCCAUACUUUCUGUGACUGUCUAAUCACAGACCAAUGCAUCUCAAUGAGUAGUCUUUGCAAGGCGGGUGCUCUGGGCAAUUGCUUCCACUUGAGUUUAGCUCAUCGGAGCUGAACAACCAAUCUAAUUUGAAACCUACAGGUUUUGUAAGACGAAAAAUAAAGAGGGCAUACUCGUUACGCAUAAAGCAUGUCAGCAGGCUAAGAAGAUAUGGGAGAUUAACUGCCAGUAUACUGAACGGUUACCUCAAAUACCUUGUAUGAUGCGCAUUUUAUCAACCUGUUACAAUUUUGCACCUAUGCUUAGUUCAGUGAAGUCUCCUGUGAAUUGCAGUGUUGCCUAACGUAACUGUGCAAAACUCACACAGCACUAGCAUAUUGUUCAUGCAGAAAUCAGCAUACCUCUACUUACCAAGCUGCUUAAAGCCCUGCCAAAUGUAAUGUACAAAUUCGAUAUAUCCAUCUACCGUAGUAAUUAAAAUGUAAUACUUGGUGGCGAGUGUAUUAACUGUUCUUUAUGAUUCUGUGCUAAUCAAAGGUAAAGCAGAAUGCAGCAUGACAGGCGUGUGCGGAUUAUGAAAAGGGACUCGGUUUUUAUCAGUUUGAACUUCAGGGUAUUUUUCAAGGUCAGCCUGCAGUUUCCUGUCCUCCUGUUCUUGCUAUUUGAUUAGAGUGAGUUAGCCCAAGGUCAGGUACAGUGUGUCCACAGUUCACCUAUCACAUCCUGGAACAUAUUUGUAUCUAACAUACAGUCAGCACGUGGAUUUAGAAAGCCAUGGGGUCAUUUAGCCAAGGCUGCUUAAAGGAACAAUAUAGGGUCAAGAACACAAACAUGUAUUCCUGACCCUAUAGUGCAAAACUCACCAUUAAGGUGGCUUGCCCCCCUCCAACCUCCCCUUAAAAGCUUGAAAACCUCACCUUAUUUCCAGCGCCGUGCAGGUCCGCCAUCACUGGCCCUGCCCCCUUGGUGACAUCAUCAGAACUGCAAGAGGGCACGGCCAAACACCAUUUUGGCCAAUCAGCACCUCCUCACCUUAAAUCAGUGCAUCUCUAUAAGGAAAACCCAGCGUCCCCAUGCAGAGCGUGGGGACGCUGAACGGCAGAGCUGCCUACUACACAGCACUGAGCCAGAAAGCACCUCCAGUGGCCACUUGGAGGUGUCCCUAGGGGGCAAUGUAAACACUGGAUUUUCUCUGAAAAGGCUGUGUUUGCUUGAAAAUGCCUGAAAGUAAUGAUUAUAUUCACCAGAACAACUACAUUAAACUGUAGUUGUUCUGGCUACUAUAGUGUCCCUUUAAAACUGAUGGAGCUCAUAAUUUAUUCUCUUCAUUCCUAGAAAAAUUAAAGGGUAUUAUCUCAAAGUAUGUCUGUAUGACAUUGAGAUGAAGUGGUCUCGGUGCAUGUCCUUUGAAAAUGGGUUUGUUUGCAAAUCAGUGAGCUGUGGUGGGUUGAUGCUGAACUUACAAAACAACAAAAUUACUUCAACUCGUCUUCCAGCCUGGCUUUUACUUACAAUGUAAAACACUACUGUUUCAGAGAAACAGCAAUGUUUAAAUUUUUGAUAAAUCACUCCUUUAGUGGCUGUCCGAUUCAUGGCAAAUAGAUCCACCGAAUACUUCGAUCAUUUCACUAAUCACAGAGAUUACCAAGCAGGCGCCAUAGGUUCCAAUGCUUCGUUCUGACAAGCUUUGUAUUGGAGCAAGACCAUUAGCAUUGGUGAUCUGUAAGUAGGCUCUCCAAAGCUAAUCUAAAGACAAAGAAAUAGAGCUAACUUAAAAAACUUUUUUUUUUUUUUUAAAGAAACUGUGUUCUUUUAACCCCUUAAUGACACAUGACAUGUGUGACAUGUCAUGAUUCCCUUUUAUUCCAGACGUUUGGUCCUUAAGGGGUUAAAGGGUUCCUCCAUGUAUUAUAGGCACUACAACUCAGUGUAGUGGUUGUGUUGCCACAAAUACUCUGGUGCCAUUCCCCUUCUGGCUGGCAAACCAUUUUACAGUGGCUUCCCACUUACCUGGGGUCCCACCGGAUGCUGAGUCUCAAAAAUGGUGGCUGAGCUGCAUCUGACUUCAAUAUAUCUGCAGAAACCAAAUGCCAAUCCAGAUGUUUAUUUAUUUACUAAAGGUGUCAGCCAAUGAGUGAAUGAAGCCUUGUGAACAGAUUUAAAGGGACACUUGUGAACAGAUUUAAAGGGACACUAUAGUCACCCAGACCACUUCAGCGCAAUGUCCCUCAGGUUUUAACACUUUAGAUGCAAACAUAGCAGUUUCAGAGAAACUAUGUUUGCAUUGCAGGGUUAAGACAGCCUCUAGUGGCUGUCUUCCGGACAGCCACUAGAGGCGCAUCUGCCUCCAUCGCGCAGAGCGUCCAUAGGAAAGCAUUGAGAAAUGCUUUCCUAUUGACAGCUUGAAUGCGUGCGCGGCACUUGCUGCGCAUGCGCAUUCGGCUCUGCUGACGUCGGCAGAGGGAGCUGACGUCGGCGGGGUAGGAGAGGUCACCAGCGCCAAGGGAGCCCGGCGCUGUAAUAAGGUAAGCUGCUGAAGGGGUUUUAACCCCUUCAGCGCCAUGGGAGGGGGAAACUGAGGCUGGGGGCACUCUCUGGGCACUAUAGUGUCAGGAAAACCGCUAUGUUUUCCUGACACUAUAGUGAUUCUUUAACUUUAGACAGCCAGGGACACUCAUUAAUGGCAGGCUUCUGAACACAGGUUCAUUGCACUGUGUCCACUGCAAAACACUGGCAUUGUCAUAGUGCUUUUUAAAACAGUUUUUAACUAACAACCUAUACGUUGCAUCCAAUAUUUUUGUGUAUCUAGCUUUAAAUUGACAUUAAAAUUCAGAGGACAUUGAAAUUAGACUUUUUUUGUAACUUCAAUUGGCGUGUAAGAGAUAGUUAUAGUGAGGAUGUGAGAGUUAUCGAAUAUUCAGCUCAGAGGUCACAGUGACAUUUUACACGUAAGUGAUGUUUACUAGGUUGUUAACCACAUGUCAUUAUAUGGACAGCCAUAGCUGGGAAAUGCUGGCAUGCUGAUGCAAUAUGAGGAAGGUCAUGGCAUGAACUCUAGGACACUGUGUAGUGUAAUCAGAUAGAGAGAUAAACAUCAUGUAGUAUAGCUGUAAGAUUAGAUAUGAUGAAAAUAAAAUAACAUUUUAUCAAGUUCUGCCUAAACAUUCUUAACUUGCCUUAUUUGUACGUUUCAGUAUGUUUGACCACCAUACAGUGUACAAUGUUUUUUUUCUGUUUUCCGUUCACAGAUUAUAGACAAUUCCCUAUGAUUGCACAACCACCCUGAGGGUCCGAGAGAUGCCCCUGUUCCACUUUUUCUGUUGCAAGGACAUGUGGUGGAUGUAAAGUGUUUUAGUGCACAUAGAGUGUCAGCUCUUUCUGUUUUGUUGAAGAAACAAGAGUUAGAAACAUAGAAACAUAGAAUGUGACGGCAGAUAAGAACCAUUCGGCCCAUCUAGUCUGCCCAAUUUUCUAAAUACUUUCAUUAGUCCCUAGUCUUAUCUUAUAGUUAGGAUAGCCUUAUGCCUAUCCCACGCAUGCUUAAACUCCUGUGAGAUUGUAAACAAACUAUUGCAAAUAGCUUGUCGUUUUUUUUUCUCCUAUUGUUUCUGAUUACCUUUACUUGUCAUUUAUUUAUAAAAAAACAUUUUUUCUUCAUUAUUGAACAGAGCUGCAAAAUAUGUUGGCAUUAUAGAAAUAAUGAUGAUAAUUGCAAUCUAAGCACAUUUUCAGCACAGAUCUGCUAAAGACCUUAUUGGAUAUUGAGAUUAACCUUGUCUUGAUCACUACUGCAUAUAGUGAUGUACUUGGUUUUUGACACUUGGGGCAGAAGUGUGUGUUGGCACUCAUCUGGAAUUCUAAAAUGUUUUGUGUGUCAUCUUGUGCCAAAUGUUUCGCACACUUUCCUCACCCCCUUGUAUCUCCUGGCCCAUGGCACUCAUUGUGUGCUUAAUACCCUCUUGUCUAUCUCUUAACCCACCUUAACACCUUGUAAACAUACCAUAUCUCUUAUUUGUAUCCAAAUUUCUGGUUACCCAUUGUGUGCUCUUUAAACCGCCAUUAGUUUUAUUGUCUCUUUUGCUCCUUGUGUGUCUUUUAACUCCACUCUCCAAACCAAACUACCAAGAUUGUAGUGUGGCUGCGUGGGACUUGGUAGAGGAUCCUCAUGUUACUGUGCCUGAUCAGACAGGGAGCUCUAUACAGCAUACACUGACUGACUCGAGAAGCAUGGAUGUGACUGACCAGCUCAUCCCCCACUAGUCAAUGCUGUUAGCAGCUACCUGUCACGCAGGGUAGACGAACAUGACAAUAUGGCACUAAUAUAUGUCUCUGCUACAGUGGUCCUCUGUGAGAACCUUCACCCACCUCUCCCCAGUGCAGCCCGCCUCCCUUUUUUGUACACUACUGACGGGAUGCCAGUGUCUGAUCGCAUUGCAUAUUUCGCAUAGACAUUCUAUGACUUGUUGAAUAUUUUAAUGAAUGUCCCAUUCACAAUAUGAUCUAGUGUCUUUCUCGUUUUCCUUGAUAACCUUUAGGCAUUUCUGGCAUAACUGAAAUAUGAAUGCUCCCAUUGAGUAUGCUUGCUGUUUGAUGUCCUAUAGUUCUUCUUCCUGAGACAUUUUAUGACCUUGAAGAAAAAUAGACUCCUAUUCAAAAUUCUGAAUAAAGCAGACGUCAUUGCAAGGAGAAAAUCAGUAGAGGAAAUGCACUUUAAUAUGUUUUGUAUUCACUCUGACCACAAUAGGUACGAAAUGCUACGUACAGAUUAACAAAACAAACACACAAAAAAACAUGGCAUUUAGCUCUUUGUGGUAUGAACCGGCUUAAUCACAGUAUGACGUUUAGCAUGGGCUGCAGGAUAUAUACACCAUAUCAUAGUUCUGCAGGUGAAGCUUUUUCACAAUACAGUUAUUUAGUAAAGAGGAAAUUUGUGGCGAAAAUUGCAAGGAAAUAGGGAAAAAGAGCCAAACUGAAAUCGGUCUUCAGUUUUUCCAGCUCAGAUAUUUUAUCCUAUAAUUUGUAAUUCCCUUGUCCUUUCUCCACAAAUUCCUGAUUUUGGGCUUGUUUCCGAUUCGGUAGUUAAAUGUCAGCUGUUGUAAUUAUAUGCAGCCAGUACAUAUUUGCAACAAAAAAAGUGCUUGACGUGUUUCCAGGCUCAUGUUUACACCCAUACAGAUAAUGUGUUUAACACAUGAAAGGGUUACUAGAACCCCUUGUAACAGAAAUUUGUUUUCAGCGAAUAAUGCCCUGUCGGCACUGUAACAAUUGUCCACCUACCUUUUUUAUUUAUUUAGUUUUUAAUAAAAUAGGUUAAAACGUAUCUGGAAUACAGAGCCGGGUUUCCACGCUCUGACGUCACGCUGCGAAAUCCGCAGUCAAAUCAAAUGCUUCGUAGAGAAGCAUUGUAUUUGACCAUUCGUUCCAGGUCAGAGUGCACAUGUGUGCGCUGAGCUGUGGAGGGGAAGGAGGAGGUGGACAAAGGAGGAAUUUACAUUUAGAAACCAAAAAACUAAACAACCCGAAUGCACAACACGUAGAGAGGCAGGGCGAGCCAGCAUGGACGAAGGACACACUCAAGCUUAUAUAUGCUUACAACGUCUGUCGUCAGCGCGCAGUAUAUUAUGCACAGCAUUUCAAGCACUAACCACUAUAGCAACUUUUUAAAGCAGAAGUGGUCAUAGGGGCUGGAGUAACCCAUUAAUCACAACAGGACAAUAUAAAAGAAUAGACAUAGGAAAUGUCUGCUUUAUUUGUACAUAAAGGUUGAUGUACAUGUCUAAUAACAUGUAUGCUACGUGUAUUGUACAAUGAUUUUGUACCAUGUUGGGUACAUAUGUGUGUGAUAGCACUGCAGGGCCUAGUUGUUGCCUUAACUUUUAAAGUUAAUUUCCGUUAUGUGAAUUGUUUAUGUAAGUGCUGCAUGGGUUUAAAUUACACAUACCUACGAUAUUGGGAAGCAUGAAGCAUGCCAAUCAAGAGAGGUUCAGCAGAUCCUGGAGAGGGUGUCCCUCUCACUUAUGUCACUAGCAACUCACAUACUGGGCAACCCAGUCUUCAGAGAAGAAAGGUCCACCCACUAAAGGGGUAUGUCAGCCAGGCAUCAUUGCAUACCAGACUGACUGAUAGACUCCGGAUUGGCCCACUCACAGGAGACUAUGCUGCUGUAUUGCUCUUUGAAUGGUUAUGCCCACUACCAUGUGACACUGGGUACCAGUGUGUACCCUAUACUAGUGUAAGUGAGGUUUUAAACUUACCUUAUGAUCCCAUUUACUAUGCCACGGGUGGGGGCAUGCCCACUAACCAGCGAGUAGUCCAUACUCACUGUCAUAAAGAAUAAUGACUGGGCAAGUAUUAGGCGCUAGUAAUGUACAGGAGGGGUCUGCUGGCAUGGCUAAGAUGAUAGAAUUGAGACUUGCCUAUCCGCGUACUCUGAUUGGCUUACAAGCCAGCCAAUAGGAGAGCUCUGACUGAGAUUGCAUAGUGUGGGAAAACCCUUAGAAGGACUUUUCCUGCCAGGCAAGGUCAUUCUGCUUUUCCUGUCAGGCAAGGUCAUUCUGCAUUGAGCCCUCAAUGGGCUAGCAUGGAUUGUUAUUAUUGAGGGUUUUUUUUGUUGUAUUUGUAAAAAAAAAAAAAAAAUUUGGGGAGACAAAUCUGGUAUUUGUUAUUUUUAUAGUAACAUUGGAACUUUUUUCAGCCCCACAUAAUUCCAAGAAACGUGUUAUGAAGACGUCUGAUGGUAAAUAUAUAUUAAAUGUUGUUGUUGUUGCAGGUAUAUAGACUUAUUAGGGCCCUCCUCACUAUUAUUACUUGUGGUGGAUAUAAAUAUUUUUGGGGGAUUUCUUUCUACUUUGGCUGUGAUCUUCUGAUCUCACCAUAUUUUCUGACCUUAUUGAAUACAGAGCCCAUAAUCAUGUGCAUUAUGGGAGCACUUGGACUUGUGCACACCCCACUGUACAAUUCAUGGAAUGAAUGUCAGAUAUGUCUUGGAUUGAAUUAUAUUGCCUGGAUAACCAGUCCAGUUUGAUCUGCGUAUCCUGGUGCUUUGUUUUAUGCUAUUUGAUGUUGCCUGCAGAUUUGAAGGUUUCCUUACUUCAGAGGGGAAUUUAAAUUUGAUUUACUGAAUCAUUAUAGGAUGCUGCACUUCUAUUUGUGGUUGGGUGCAUGUGAUGGUGUUCACUGUGAUUCAAUGAGGCAACAAGACAUUUAAAUAUAUUAUUAUAGUACGAUUGUAUACCUGCCUGAUUCUGACCUUCACGGUAGUUCACGGUAAGAAAUACAAUAUUUUGGUGGCUAUGAAAGCCUUAAUCAUGUAUACACAUUAUUACAUCCACCAUAUUUAAACUCUAUCGGCCAUUGCUAUUGGUCAAUGAACACUUGGAAUAUCCAAUCCCACUCCACAAUUAAGGGCGGAGGUGAAUGCAGUAAAAAAAAACAAAAAAAACAAAAAAACAUUAAUAUAUCCAUGAAUAAGUAAAUAGCACAUAUAUAGAAAAACAGGAAUAUUAAGGCUUACACAGUCACCGAAACAUUGUAUUUCUUGUACCGUGAACCAGGAUCAUAUGUGGCUUCAAUACAUAUUGUUUCAUCUGCUUAUCUUGCUGUAAUGCCCGUUCUUCAACAUUUUUUAUUUUCUUGUUACAAACAGGUCUUCUAGAUGACAGAUCCACUUCACUAAUGACACUUCACGUAUCUUCGCUAAAUAACCCCCUUACUGAACCUCUUUGUAGUUAUAUACCUGUCAGAACAGCAGUUCAUUAAUGGAACGCUCUAUGCUAGAUUCUCUUAGCAGAGUAAGGGUUUAUACUCUGCUAAUCAAAUAGCUAUUUUCCUGUGGAGGGAAGCCAGCCCCUUAACAUUAAAAAUGAUAUUUUCAUUAAAUUGUAUUUAACGUUCUAAUAUUCCUUCCUUUUUUCAGACUACCGGAACUUAAAAAAAAAAAAGAAAGAAAGAAAAAAAAAAAAAGCAAGAAUAGACAGAUAUUUCAUUUUACCUGGCUGCUAACUUUUUCCCCAGCACCUAGCGUCAAAGAAAAUUUGCCAAGUCUUGCUCUAUCCCUCCUAUGAAAACCAAGAUUACAGACUGUCCAGUAGUAAGACCAUUAUGAAACUACAUUUUAGGGAAGUAAUGAGAAAUUUACUUCAUGCUUCAAUUAAGCAGUCAUUGACAUUUAGUGAAGCAGACAGAUCAGAACACUGUGUCUACUUCAAAAUAAGCGUUAAGUCAUUUUUUCCAGUCAUCUUGUUUCAAUAUGCACAUGUUUUUCCCCAGUUUCAAUUUAGAAAACUAUUUAAUUGCAUGUAGUUUUAAUGGUGUGUGUGUGUGUUAAUGAAGUUUUUACUAUUAUUUGCAAGUAGUUGCAACAAGAUAAGUUGGACAUACAGAAACAGAAGGUGCUGAGGGAUUCGCUCAAAUGAGCUUACAUUCUAAGGGAAGACAUAGGAAUCCUGCUUUUCUUACCCAGGGAAGAAAUUCAAAUCCCAUAUGUUUUAGGUGACAGAGAUAUUUUGAAGAAGUGAUCGUUAUGUAAUAUGUUUUCUGUGUUGUAAAAUCCUGAAGAAAUUAGUGAGUUUAGGGAAUGGGACAAUAUUUAUUUGUUACAGGGGCAGGAUGAACAAAGUAUAUUCUUGUGUAUUCCUUUGGAAAAAAAACCCAACACAAUACAGAGUGGUUAAAAGUAUAUAUUUUUUUACUUCCUAUGCUACAUUCUUGACAGAUGUCUAUAGUGGCACAUUGUCUCUGGGUACACAUGGUCUUGUCAAGAAACCGCUCCUUAUACAAGAUAAAUAGUUGUAUCGUUAAUGUAUCACUCCAUAGUUUUCAUUUGUAGCCCUACAAAACCUAGGAAAAGACAGCAGAACAGUUUGAUUCCUGUAAGAGCACUAAUAAUAUAUCACUGGCAAUCUUUGGCCUACCACAUGGACAGUUAGCCAAUCUGAAGGCUGAUAAAUAUGGCAAGUCACUUGAACAUCUGGAUUGCCAAAUCAUAUCUUUUUUUUAUAGUCCUGUUGCAAAGGUUUUGUUUUCAUAACAUAAAUACUCUAAUUCAGUCACAAAUACAUAUAAUUACUGUAAUAAUCACAUUUUAAGAAAUGUGAACAGAUAACCUGUCCAGCAAACACUUGUAGGGCAAGCAAGCAUUCUACCUGCUUUUCUACCUAUAUGUGCUCUGUCUGUGUAUGUUUAUUACUUCCUAAAGAAUUGAGUUGGCACAGGACAAGCCCCAGGACUCAGACAGCUAUGGCUUUCACAAUGUUUUGCUACAUUACCAUUAUCCCAAUGGGUAUAACCCUACGGACUCUUACAGCAAUCAGAACUUGUAAUAAAAUGUUCUAAGUUCUGCACCCACGUGUCUUGCCAUGUCUUUAAACACAUUGUUGGAGAGUAUGAUGUAUUCACUAAUGAUUCAUUACAUUUGCGGUUUUCACAAAGUCUCAGGUUUCCAUGAUUCACUUUGUCUCUUCAGAGGUUCGAAGAUGUGCAGCCAUUUAUUUUCCGGUGUUCGCAUAUCUUUGGCGAAGCACAGACUUCAUUAUCUAUAGUGUAGUUUAAAUACAUUACAAAUCGCUGUUAGAAUCUCCUAACCUUCCCUACAUUGAGGAUGUACAGUGCUUCCUUGCAAAUUGCUUCCAGGAAAUGAUUUUCUUGUAACGUAAGAUUUGAGACCACAAUUGAAACGUUCCCACUAAUUAGUGCUUAGCAGGAGCUGUGCAGUCAUACUCGUAGCCGGUGGGGGUGUGUAUGUUUUUUGCCUUUUUUAUUUUUUUCUUCUUUUUCUAGGAGAGUUGUACAGUUAAACAAGCAUCCCAAUAAAUAAGUGUUUUUCCUGCUAUGAAUACAUGGAUUUCCUCCUCUGUAUUUACCACGUAAAUUGGUAUAUUGCCCACUUUGACAUUGACUUGCAAAGUAUGGCUAUUUUGUUUCCAUGGUUAUCUGAAAUAUCACAUCAUUGUUUAGCUGUCAUAGAAAUUGUCAAAAGCGGCAGCUUGCAGUUCAAGCAUGUAAAGUGUUUUGUUUGUAAAUGUUUGCUUUUGGGGGGAUGUAAUAGUAAGAUUCUAUUCCUAACUCGACACAAUGACUCUCCCCAAGUGUUAUUCAUGUCUCGGGGUUUAGUAGUACACAUUAGACUGGCUUUAUAAAUGUAGAUAAAAGGGAGUUUGUGUGGGGGGGUAGGGAAUAGUGUUUUGUGUAAAUGGAAUAAAAUGGCAUACAUUGUGUAUAAUUGUAAAACAGAUCUGAGAGUGUUUAAAACCACCAGGAUAAGCAUGCACACCUCCCAACAUUGCAGAUAGACAGAGAGGGACACAUUCAUUUUAGUGGGAGUGUGGCCAGGGACAGGGCUGUUCUGAAAAAUUUCAGGUGACUUACUAAUAAUUUGCGUGACUGAAAUAUAAUUUUCAACUAGGCUUAUCUAGACAGACUGAUUUCUAAACACAUUUAGUGUAGUUUAAAUACAUAUUACUGUGGGUAUUAUUGCUGUGGAGCUCUGUUGUGCACUGAGACACACAAACAAUAUGGAGCUCCUUGAAAAGACGGUCAUUAACACAGGAAAGAGGGACAGAGGCAAUUGGGCCCAAAUAGAGACUGCCUGUCCUAAAUAGGAACACCUGGGAGAUAUGAACAUGUUUGUUAUAUUUUAGAUGAAAAACAAGUGUUUUCGAUUGUGUUUUAAAGUGACGGUAUAGCUUAAUGAAACAGUUUUGUUGUAUUGGUCAUGCCCAUUAACUCUAACUGAUCAACUCUCUGCCAUUUAGGAGUCAAAUCACUUAGUUUAUGCAGCCGUAGCCACACCUUCCUGCAUGUGACUUACACAGGCUUCCUAAACUCUUCCUGAGAGUGAGAUCACUUCCUUUAUUGCACAGUUUGUUUAAUUUAGAAUUUUCUAUCUCCUGUUCUGUUAAAAGCUUGCUAGACCUUUCAAAUGCCUUGUGUGUGUGUGUGUGAUUAAAGUUCAAUUUAUGGAGUUGGAGAUAAAAACCUCUAAAGUAUGUUAACAUCUGAUUGAAAAUGACACAAUUCUUUUCAUGCAGGUUGAGAGUCACAGCCAGGGGAGGUGUAGCUAGGGCUGCAUGGGCGGAAAAAUAAAUAAAUAUUUAACUCCUGGCAGAAGAUUGCUGAGACUGCAGAGGCAUGAUCUAGGCACAAAAAAGUAAUUAAAGUUGUUUUGGUGACUAUAGUUUGUGACUUUAAUUCCAUUGGAAACACUUUCAGAACACUGCCUUUUCUCUAAAAAAACUGCCUUUUCUCAGUGAAAAGCCUGAAGGGACAUGCUAUUGACACCAAUACAACCCCAAGUAUGACUUUUUUUUUUUUUUUUUUUUAAAUAUGAAUCCUUAAAUCUUAAAGGGACAAUCCACAGCCCAAAUAAUGUAAAUAAAUAUAUAUAAUCACUAUUUAGUAGAUAUACCCCAAUAAAAACAUGUCUGCUUAUUGUUUGCAGCCUUUGCAAGUCACUCAGUGCAGACUUUCUGUGACUGUCCAAUCACAGACUUCCUGAUGCAGCUCAAUGAGACAUCAAGUGUUCUAUGAGCACUUACUGCCUCUUGAGUUUAGCUCCACUGAGUUACAUAAACCCUAUUACAUCCCCUGUUGACUGAUUGAAAGCCAGGUUAAUAAGGUUAAUGUAUAAAAGUGGCAUUAUCGAUUGAAAACUGCACUUUUUGUAAAAGUAAAAGGGCACACUUUUUGCACUUAAUGCACUAAAGCAAAAAAAGUGUUUUGUGUUUGUUUUUGUUUAUCCGUCUGUCGUCUCUCCCUCUCUCCCUCUCUCUCCUUCUCUCUCCCUCCCUCUCUCUCCCUCUCUCUCCCUCUCUCUCUCCCUCUCUCUCUCCCUCUCUCUCUCUCUCUCUCUCUCUCUCUCUCCCUCUCUCUCUCUCUCUCUCUCUCUCUCUCUCCCUCUCUCUCUCCCUCUCUCUCUCUCUCUCUCCCUCUCUCCCUCUCUCUCUCUCUCUCUCUCUCUCUCUCUCUCUCUCUCUCUCUCUCUCUCUCUCUCUCUCUCUCUCUCUCUGUCCCUCUCUCUGUCCCUCUCUCUGUCCCUCCCUCUCUCUCUCCCUCUCUCUCUCUAAUGAACAUAUAGACCAGAGGUCUGUAACACAGUCUUCAGGAAAAAAACAGAUCCAGAUUUUGUUAGUAUUGACAUUGGUACGUAAUUGGGAACUGCUUCAAACGCUACCAAAGAUCUACAUUUACAUGACAAAGCAGUUCCUCCUUUUUCUCGUGAAUUUAUACCUUUUGAUUAUGGUAGAAUUUUAAAGAAAUUUCUACACCGUCAGAGGUUACAUUUGUUAUGAAAGGCUCAAAAGUGACAGAACUGUUUUGCAAUCUGGUAACACUUUCCCAGAGAAUAGAAUGCAGCUCUUCAAGUGGUAAGCAUAGCUCAAAGAAACUUGCCACGGGCAUUCCCACCUAUUUUAAGGACAGUUGAGGACCAGAGCCACCUCUAACUCUGUCUUUUAUAUAGGGGCAAAUCAAAACCUGCCUUUCUUACUCAUUUUAUCUUUUGAUUUAUCAUUCAUUGUUUGACACAAUGUCUAAAAGGGUGACUCAUGUGGGGAAUUAUUUUGCUUAAUAACCCAGGGAAAGUGCCUGAGUAUUUAUCCUUUUUGGUGUCUGUAGGGCGAUCAUACUAAUAAAUAUAAUCUCAGUAUAAUGGUAAUAUAGUGACACCCCUGGUUUCUGAGUCACCAGUCCUAGUGAAUCCUCAGGGCGUUACCACACUGUGCCAUUGCACCUCUGGCACAGUGCCCAGUAGCACUACAUGUCACAAUUUUAGUGUGGAGCUGUGUGGACUGAAUAGCUUUUUUUUUUUUUCCUACAAAGUUCACUGAAACUCUUCUAUAGGUUUUGUUGUGUAUUUUAUUUUAUUGAUGUUGAAUGUUUGUAAGAUCGACGUCCAGAUUUAAUCAAGUCUGGUAUUCACUAAUGUCAAUCUGAAUAGACUUUGCAGGUAAAUUUGGCAUUGAAAACUUGUAAAACGAACUCACUGAGAAGUCCCAGCUGGCGGCUUCAUGCCCGAUUCACGUUGAAUAGCUGCAGUCACUUCAUGUCAGGGAGUAAUAAGUCAAAUUGUUUAAACUGCUUCUUAUUAGGACUACUGAUUGUAACUUUUAACUGCCCCUGUCAUUAUGUUGUAGCACUGCUGGUCAUUAUUGACUGUUUUACAUGUAUGCACACAGGGGUCUUAUGUCUGCUAAAUAUGAUCUACGUGUCUGCAAGCAUUUUUUUGCCCUAGAUUGUUCCGUCCAAGCCAUAGAACACUGCAUGAGAAGAAGUAUAUCGGGGACUAGCUUCUUUGUAUCCGAUGCCAGAGCAGCAAGCAAUAAUGUGAGGGAGGAUGUAUUAGAGGAAAUGUUAUUUUCAACACAGGUUCUCAUUGUUCUCCUUAUGAAUGAGGGUGGGACCAAAACCCAUUCAUUUACUGCCUUUUUGUGACUCCAGAUGCCAAGCCUCAGAGGGACGGGUGACUGGGUGGGAGGUAGGAUAAAGGAGGUGAAACCUACAGGCCUUGCAAGUACUUUAGCAAGUGGCCAGCCGCUGGCUUGUGUGACUUCUAGGAAAUCAAUAUGCAAGCUUGUUAUUGUUGCACACUAUUAGGGGAAGAAGUAUUGUAUACAGUGAGUAUGUAUUCUAUGGGCUGCUGUUCACAAGGUACAAUGUAUCCAUUUCCAGGGAAUGUAUUCUUGCUUGUUAACACUUUGGGUGUCAGUGAGCUUAUAAGCACUUGUGUUCGCUGACUUUUCAUUGCUUCUUGCAUUUCCUCUGCGGAUUUCAUUAGACUUUUUUUGCAGUUGAUUCAUUUUAUACAGGAUUGAACGUUUUGAUAAUGGUAGGGGUUGCCAGUGUAAAUUUUUACUUACUGUAAAUGUUUGUUCAAGAUCUAAAUCUUGCAGUUGUUCUUCCUUUUAAUAGAAUUUUGCAAAUAAUUCAUCACUGUGGUUUAGAGGUUGUGUUGAAAUUUCAGUGAAAUGAAAUUCUGUCCUUAUGGGAAAACAUGGACGUGACAGGGUAAAUUUAAAAAUAAGACAAGAAAGUAGUAUAAUGCCUUCUUAUCCGAGCUAGGAAUGGCAUAUUAAAUAUAAAUAUUAAAUUAUAAAUUAAAUAUAAUGAGUUAAACUUUAAAUAAGGGAAAUAAAUGUAAGUUGUUUUUUUUUCUUCACCUCACUCUCAGAUUAAUUGUCGUAAAGCAGUUGUUUGUUCUACCAUCUUAAAUUUCAUUUACCCCUACUACUCUUACAGCCUAUACAUUCAACAUCCAAAUUCUUGCACACUUUUGGGUUUUUCUUUUGUUAACAUACACUCUAUAAAGUCCUGUAUCAAAGGUGAUACAGGAUUACCGGAUUACUGCCUUAGAUAUGAUUGCUAUCAAUUGUCACUCAAAUUAUCCUAGUUUGCAGUAUCCACAUCUUUGUUCUCUCUCAUAUGUACAAAGAGAACGUAGGGAGGGAAAAAAAAAACUGAGAAAUCUCAUAGGAUUAUACUGAUAAAACACAUAUAUUUAUUAAAUGAUAAAAAGUAAGGGUGAGCUCUCAUAUUAGCUUGAAAUUUCACUCCCAUUAAGGAGUCACCAAUGCAGUCCCUUCUAUUCGCCGUCCCGGCAUAUACUGGGUUGUAUCGUUAUAAAGGAGUUUCUUUUGAAGUUCCUUCGAUUCCUGGUGUUUUAGCACCAAUAACUGUAGUAAGAUUCUCACCUCCUAGCAACUUUGUUCAAAUGUGUUUCGCCACUUCAGGGUCUUUUUCAAUGAUAUAAUUGAAAAAUUAUAUCUCUUAGCAAGAGUCACCUCCUAGCAAGUUUGUUCAAAUGUGUUUCACUACUUGAAGGCUUUAUCCAUAAUAUCAGUUGCUAGGACAUUACUAAAUUUACAUGUGCUAAAAGAUGUGUGUGUGUGUGUGUGUGUGUGUGCUGGCUGUGUGUUGUUUGUCCGCGUUUGUCUCCUGGCUAUAUUUUUUGUGUGUUGCAAGAGUCUCACCUCCUAACAACUGUGUUCAAAUGCGUUUCACCGCUUCAGGGGCUUUUUCAAUUAUAUCAGUUGCUUGUGCUAAAAAAAAAUUGUGUCUGUGUCUGCUGGCUGUGUGUGUGUGUGCUAGUUGCAUGUUACGUGCCUGCUGACUGUAUGGUGUGGGUGUUUGUGUGUGCUGGCUAUAAGUUGUGGUUGUGUGUUCUGGCUGUGUAUAGUGUGUUCUGGAUCUCAUACUCUAAUAACUCUUAAAGGACCACUAUAGUGCCAGGAAAACAUACUCGGUUUCCUGGCACUAUAGUGCCCUGAGGGUGCCCCCAUCCUCAGGGUCCCCCUCCCGCCGGGCUCUGGGGGGAGGAAGGGGUUAAACUUACCUCUUUCUCCAGCACCGGGCAGGGAGCUCUCCUCCUUCUCUCCGCCUCCUCUCCUCCUCUUCGGCUGAAUGUGCAUGCGCGGCAGGAGCAGUGAGACAGCCACUAGAGGCUGGAUUAACCCAUUUAUAAACAUAGCAGUUUCUCUGAAACUGCUAUGUUUAUAGAAAAAAAGGGUUAAACCUAGCUGGACCAGGCACCCAGACCACUUCAUUAAGCUGAUGUGGUCUGGGUGCCUAUAGUGGUCCUUUAAGCCAAAUCGGGCUUUAAUACAUGCAACGCAUGCCUCAGACCACAACCACUGUAAUUUCACUCCUCACAGUUUGGGCACUAACUGAAUCAGAGUGCAUGCUGGGAGACAUAGCGGCUGUGCUCUGACUCAGUAGAUAGCACCGGAACCAUGGAGAGGUCGGCAAGACCUGAAAGUAUAGCGCUCAAAAAGUAAUAUCUCAAAUAAAACUCACUUUACACAGUGGAGAACAUUUAUAGAAGUUCAAGCAUUGUAUAAAAGUUGUGGCAAAAAAUGUUUUAAUUUUGUUCUUUACUUUUAUUAAUGUAUUGUCCAUAUUUAAAUAAAGUGUUUUUAUUUUCCUGUCUACCGUUACACCAGAUGGCAGCGGUAGGUGUGGCAAAUGCAUUAAUUGCGCUAAUACCAGAUACACAACAAUUUAUCUCCAUCCUUACACUGGUACAAAUAUCUGGCAUUUCAUUACAUGCAAGUCUGAAAGUGUUACUUUUCCUUUUUUUUUUAAUUCUUUAUUUUUGUUUGUGCAGGGAAUAACAAAGCAUUUGUCAAUGCCACAACAGCAUAUUAUAAAAUAUAUAAACACAGUGGUUAUGCAUUUGUGGAAGGAGCGUUUUGGCACAUUUUCUUUAAACAUUACAUUAUGAACUAGCUGUGCCUUGCUAGGUAGACCUAGGUAUGAGAAUCAUUAGAUUAUAUAGCAGAGAUUACACCGUGAGAUUACAGUAUUAUUAGUUAUUAGAGAGACUAACAAUAUACGUGUACUAUUUGUAUGACUGAUAACAUAGCAUCGCUUGAGUAAUAAUGUCGUUAGACGCGCCAAUGAUAUGUGGGAAGGUGAGACGUCCCAACAGUAAGGUGAGAAACCGCAAGAUGUGCAUUAAACAAAAAAAGAGGUUUAACAAAUUAUAAUCGUGUGCGUAGUACUCACGCGCCAAGUAGCCUGUGAACCGCUGGAACACUGGGCAGUUGUGGCUGUACUGUAGUACCUAGUAUUUGGAUGGUGUUCAUGAAUAACUUUGGGGGCUUAGAAAUUUGAUGCUUAGUCCAGUGCAAGGGCAGUGUAUGCCAUGCGUAGGUUCAUGUCAAUGGGUGUUAGCUUAUUGCAAAUGUCCGCCAGGUUGAGUGGGUUCUGCAGGGUCUUCUUUGUCGGCGUCAUCUCCGGAGCUAGCCAGCCGGCAGUCCGGGUCUUUUCAUCUGCUCAUCCAAUGCCCAGUCUAUGCAGAAGUGUAAGUUUGCGUUGCCGUGGGGUUGUUUGCUGCAUGGUGGUGCUUUUCGGCAUGUUGUGAGGUUGUACCUCGCGUGGCUGCUUCGUGGUGCUUCCCCAUGUCGGUGAGUGGUUAGUGGGUCUUGUGGGCGUAGAGGUCUCUCCCCAGCGUGUUUGAGGCCGAGUGUCUGCAUCUGAGGGAGAUGUUGCCGUUACCCGCCUCUGUGUUCCGGAGCUCUGUCUUCGGCUGGAGGCCACUUUGCGGGCUCGUGGCAGGUAUCUACCCAGUUGGCGCUGGGUUGUCGGUUUAAUCCAUGCCGCCACUGACCGCAUGGUGAUAUGGAGGAACCGGCCUUUAGUAUGGAGCCUUGUCCGCAGGCCGUCACUUAGCCGGGCAAAGAACUCCAGGGUGUGCUGGUGGUUUAGCGAGGGUGUUUUUUGGCGCUAGGCGCUGCUGUGUCGCCAUUUUGCAUGGGUCCCCACCGUCCCGCUGGGUUGCGAGUUUAGUUGCUUGUAGAGGUUGCUUUGUGGGGGUAAUCGUCCCCAGCGAGGACCGGGAUAUCCCCCGCCGGUCCAGGGGGGGGGGGGUAGCAGGGCUGUAUUCAAGGCUAGCUUGUGAGCGGGUCUCGCGCCCAGAGGUCGGCCGCCUCUCCCAGGCCCUGGGCUCUGCUCCAAUGUAGGCCGCAUGGCCGGUUUGUGUGCCCGUAGCGUAUAGUGGUGCAUGGCGGGCAUUGUUCGAAUCCCCGUGUGGUCCUGCAUCGGUUUUGGGACCUUGUGAAUAGCUGGCACGGGUAGUUAAAUCAAGGUUGUCGUAUGUUUGCCCGUUGUAGUCAGAGCUCUCAGAGAGCACAUCCAACCAUCUUGGCUGUCAGGCCCCGCCCCCCUACUUUUCCUUUUUUUAAAGAUCAAUUGUAGGGACAUUAUUUUUAGUUAAUAUAAUGUAUUCAAGAGCAGAAUUCUCAAAUAACAGCCACAGAAUAGUGGGUUAUACCCAGCGGGUAUGUAACAUUUGAAAAUAGUAAGAAUAUUAUUACAGAAUUUACAGACUUUGGUCUGAAUAAUGUUAGAGGGAAAUGUGCAUUUUAAAUUGUUUCUGUAAUUUCUUAGAAUUUGUAAUAUUAUGUUAACCAUAUAUUUAAUGUAUUUACAUGUACAUUAGGUUAUGUAUUUGAAAUCCUGCAAAUGAAUGCCUCCAUCUUCGCUCACUGCCAAUCAUUGGAAUAAACCCUGUCCUUUCCAUGUUUCAUCAAUAGUGUGAACUCCAGACAAGAGAUAUUCCCUUUAACCCCUUAAGGACCAAACUUCUGGAAUAAAAGGGAAUCAUGACAUGUCACACAUGUAUUGUGUCCUUAAGGGGUUAAAUCCCUACUGUGGUAUGCUUUGUGAUUACUUUUAUUGUCCUAAGAGAUCAUUAAACCAAGUGCUGCUAUUAGUUUAUUAUUAUAUGUAGAUUUUCUGAUUCCAGUUUUAUUUUAGUUAGCUGAAUAUAACUUUAAUUUCUAAUGGGUCCAUUUAUUUCUUGUCAUGUUUCUCCCAGCAGCUUUUCUCCCCAGCGUGGUGUAAAUUGCGUCAUAACCUAACCUUUUAGCUUUUACAUGCGUUUGAACUUUUCCUACUGCUUUCAGUCAUAUGAAAGUUCAAUGACCCAUUAAGUGACUUAGAUUUUACUUUGUAAUAUGAGGCUUUUCUAAAUAAGGAUCUUGAAUCUUGCUUUAUAUUCAAAUACAACAUUCUAUGAAACAUAAUGAGUUCUAAUUAGUACUCAUAUGCCAUAUGCAGCUUUUAUAAGCAAAUAUCCAGAAUAGUUGUUUGUUUUCAUUUUGUGGGAGUUUUAAGAAUCUAUGUUACUGGGUUAGUGAGUGAUAUUUGGUUUUCCUAUCAUCUGGCAACAGUUGAAUGGUCCAUGACAUCAUUCAUUGUUGCCACUGGAGUCUGGGAUUUGCUUUGCCACAACCAAAGCCAAUAUGUAAAUGUCUCAUGGAACACCUUUGGAUUGUUCAUAAUUUAAAAAGUGUUUCUUUUAAGCAACACUGAAAAAGAUAUGACUGCCCUAAAUAUCUACAUCUGUAUAUACAAACAUUUCCAUCAUCCACAAAUGUACAUAAAAGUGAAAUCCGAUACAUAGGCACAAUAUAUUUGAGAUUGCAUUGGGUGGGGGAAUAAAUGUCCUUUGCACAUUAUUCGUGUGAGGCUAACUAUAGGAAACUAUAGUUUAUUUUUUUAUUUUUUGACAACAAAAUUGCCAAUGAAGUUUUUCUCUAUAUAUCACUUAGCAGCUUAAUAUCUUCAUGUCAGAAUACAGAGUGUUAAAAGAAACAAAACCUAGCACUUACUUUCAGUAAUAUUUUGGAACAAAUAGGCAAUCUUGUCACCGACCUCCCUGUGAUGGAUUAAGGUCAGACCCUGCUGACACAUUUCAAGUGUUCGUUAUGAAUACAUUUUCAGGUAAUUGCUGAAGGACGUGAAGUAAACCCUGUUCUGUGUCAGUCUCAGAUUCUUCUCCCCAAGCUGCGGACAGCCCAGUUUGUGCAUGUUACUGUUAUCUUCACUUUCUUUCAUCCUGUGCCAGCCAUUUCUGAGCAGUAAUUCUACUGGACUGCAAGGCACGAAUCUACGAGCUGAUAAACUCUACUUCAUUUGGCCAUACUUGUUAGGCCAUGAAUGUCCUGUCAGACUGAGAAGGGAUUCCAGAUGUGCAGCUUAUUCCACAUGCUGUGGAACGUGCAGUAAUAAAUUAUUGUUGUUGUGAUUGGUUGUCCGCUCUGCGCAAUUGCCCUCUGACUGUACUUAGAACAUAACAGCUUGUUCCACUAUUCCGCAAAGAUGCAAUCCCACGUAACUAACCAAAGUAUGUUUUACAGGGCCUGUAUGACUAAUACUAAUGAGCUAAAAGCAAGAUUAAAUAUUUCCACUUAUCUAAUUGUAAACUUUUUUCCCCCCAUGAUUCUUUGUGAGCAUUGAAAGGAAUAUGUAUAUGUGUGUCACUGUAUGUGUAGCCUACAGUAGCCACGUUAGUCCAGUAAUUCAGAAACCAAAAUAAUUGCAGUGCGCAGUCAUACUUUUUAUUGGACAAGUCCUAUAAAAAGUAUCACUACCCACUGCACUGCUCCUGUCAUUGCAUCAGUUGUGUGUGUGUGUGUGUGUGUGUGUGUAUUGAUUGAUGGGACUUUAAUCCUAGCCCUUUCAUAUAAUAUAAAGUAUACUUUUGAUGAAUCAUUCUUUAUGGGAAAAUAAUGCUGUUUGAGGGUUUUCUAUCUACUUCUUCUACAAACAUGACCAAAGGAAACAAGCCUGACACAAAUGGUAUCUAUAAAGCCCACAAUGGUAAUUUAACAGGAGAGAAUACUAAAUGCAGCUGUUUUUUGUGCCCAAGUAAUAGUGUAAAACGCUAUGCUCUUCUAUUGUAUAUGGGGUACACCAUUCAUGCUUACCAUACCAUUCAUGCUUGUCAUUGGUUUCUUUCCUUCUUUGCAUAUUAUCCCACCUAGGGGAAGUAUCAGCUGUAUAUAAAAUAGUCUCUUACUAAAUGCCCAUAAUGUGGAAUCAGAUUUCUGGUGCUGUUCUCGUAGUACCUUAGCAAAAAAUUGAAGAGCAACACAACGCUUCAUGCAGGUGUGUGGUCUUGGGUUUUCCAUAUUCUAUAAAUAUUCAUUUUUAUUUUUAUUUGCCUGGUCCAUUUUUACACAUAAGGUCUGUUUCUGAAACUAUAGUGUCCACAUUAUUAAUAAACCCAUACUUAAAAGGAUCGGACUUGUUUAAAUUAUUUGGAUUUACUGAGAGUGUGUCUUCUAUUGUACCUAAUGGAAGUUUCUCCUUAGGAACUUCCUACUGGUGGGGUUAAAAAAUAAAUAAUAAUAUAAUAAUGGGGAGGCAGCAGGAAGCUUCUGACACCAUAACUGCUACAGCGAGCUUAAGCUGUAAAGAUGCUUUGCGUGUUCUUAUAAGUUAAAAAAAAAAAAAGAAAUCUUCUUUUACAUGCUUCUCCCUCUCAAAGUAUGAUUUGGCUAGUUAUUAUUUUUUUUAUUUAUUUUUUUCCUUCUAGGUUUUAA